CUGGGGUCUAAGCUUGUCGGUUGCAUAAAAAAAAUGGCGGACAAACACGAAUAUUUGUGUACAAAAUAAAAUGUAGCGGUAUUAAGCUAAGAGAACCACCCGAGCAACUUUCGAGACCAGCUCCGGUAGAACAUACAAUGUACAGAACGAACAUAUUAUGUUACUAAAGCUUGACGUUCUAGCGUCAACCACAAUCAAGAGGAAGAAACCAUGGCCAAAGUUAGCAUGGCUUGGCAAGGUGAGCAUAAAACAUACAGUACCACUAAGAGUGGUAUUGUUUCCUCUUUUAUAUUGGUUGUUUGACUUUUCCUUGAUGCCCAGCUCAGUAUGAGAUGUAAUGUUACUUUAGUAAACUGCUUCAUGCUGAAAACCUAUACUAACCUUGUAUGUUUCUAUGUUUGCUAACGAUGGUUAAUUUUUGCAAUUUAAAAAGCUUAACAGUUAGCCCUUUCUUCAUUUCUUAGGAUGUUGGUGACUUAUUCCUGUUUGACUCUCAUCGGAUCAGCCAGUUGUAUUUACCAUCAGGAAAAACAAAGAAAAAAAUUCCUCUACUCCAAAACUAUCUUGAAGAUGUGCAAGGGUUUGGCAUUUCUCCAAAUGGUAAGAAAGUGUAUCUUCCCCUAUCUCACAUACAUACCCUGCAUGAGAGAUUGAUACAGUACUCAAUUAUUUCGAUUUAGUUGUAGAAAUCAGGAUUAAUCAUAGAAGCAUCUCUUGUACAAAUAUGAAACCUACCCUUAAAGGGACACAAGCCUAAGUCAUGAACCGUCAGUCCAAUAUUUUUCUGAUAAAUGGACUUGUACAGUAGAACCCCAUUAAUGCAACCACUGUCGGACUAUAAUACCCUGGUCCUAAUAAUGAGGUGAUUGCAUUAACGUGGUAUUCAAAAUAAUAAAGACUGAGCCCCUAAAAACACAAACCCAGUUUUUUUACAUACCAGCGUUAUUGCUCCACCAACAUAUUUUCUCCACCAGUAUUCUGUCCCCAAGGUGACAUGAUUUGAAAAACGAGACUUUUUAAGUGUUCCACAAAAUUUGAAAAUAUUGCCAAAAAAGAUUUCAUUGAUUUGAAUGGUUGCACCUUAGGAUAUUGUCCACAGACUCUAUAGUUAGAUGCACUUUUCAAGAUCCCACCAGUCAUUCUGGAAAUAAGGCUCAAGCACAUUCCUCUUUUAAGUAGAUACUGGAAAGUGUUCUCUGGGUGUCCACUUAAUGCAAGUUUCACUGUCAGUAAAGUAAUCUUGUUUGACAAAAAUACAAUAAAUUCUUCCUAAUACAGGCCUGUUUGUUGCUGGUGCAUUGAACUCAGGAAGAAUUUUUAUCUGGAACAAAAGCUUUGGCACAGUACAGCUUACUUCUGUGUUGGACAAGAUAAGAAUUGUCCACCCUGGAACAAGUAAGUGGCCUUAAACAAACAAUACCUCUUUCAUGAUUCUUUAGUCAGGGCAGAGACAUACGUGCACUCACACUUUAUGAGAGAGGAAUGGGUGUCAAAACAAUUUGAUAACAAUAAUAAAUAAAUAAUGAAGAAAUACAGACUCAGAGUAAAGAGUUUUGUAAAGCAAAGUAUUUUGAUCUAUCUAAAAAAUGUUUCCUCAGUCUUUUGAUCUUUUCAUUCACUAUCAAAUGUUUCAGAGUACUGCACAUGGAUACAAAAUUUUUAUGUUAGAUUCAGGCCUCUUUCCUUGUCCAAUAUUAGACCUAGUUUGCCAAUGAGUGUUACCUCCUCAACCAGCUAUUUGUUCUUUUGAUCCUCUGCUCUAAGCACUUGGAUAUCUUCAAGCUUGUUGCCAUGCCUAAAGGCAUACGACACUUUGGAAUUGUCAGGUGAUGGGUAAUCAUUUAACUGAUAAGAUGAAAUGAUGCAGAAGUUUGAUUUUGAAAGAAAAUGUCUACUGCUUUUUCCAGCUACAAAUUAAUCAGUGGGUUGCUUGCUCAUUUCAGGACACACAGGUCUGUUUCAGCUGUAUAUUUCAGACUGUGGAAGCAAGGUUUUAGUCCUGGUUGGAUUACGUCAAGUUUUUCUUUGGGAAACACAAGAAAAUAACGUAGCUGGGGAUGCCGGUAUGACCAACAUAGUUCUAGUAUCAAACAAAUUCCAUUUUCCAGUACAGUCUAAACUUCCUCAUUCCUUCCACACUUACAUGAAAAAUGAAGUUUUUUGGAUUGAUUUUAAUUUUUCCUUCGUACAAUUUUUUUCUUUUUUUUGCUUUUCAACUUUUACCCUUUUAUACUCAGAGUCAAUUGAGUAGGGUACAUGGAAUGAACGUUAAGCAUACAGUACAAAGACUUGAAUGUGUGUUCAAGCCCAGCCACCUCUAUAGGAGAGAAGGGGUUUAGUUUUGACUGAGCUGCAGCAAUGAGCCAUCUUCAGGAGUCUUCCCUGAGCAUGAUAGAGGGACACUGCAGUGUGUCAUUCUAAACAUUCUGUUUUGUUGUGUAUCUGCAGUUGGUGAUUCAUUGAAAGAUAUUUGGCUGCAGAUUCAGUGUGGAACUUAUCUUCUGCCAGAUGAAAAAGACAAAGAGACUGCUAUUGAUGGCAUAUUCUUUACUGAUCCAGUAAGUUAAUGUUGAUCUCUCUGAAUUUCAAGCAGAAAAUAUGUUCUUUGUCUUCCAUUUGCAAUGCAAACCAACACUAUCUUUGAAUGCUGAACAUGAGAUUGCACUGAUGACAGAUGUCUGUUUUGUAGAGCUCUGAUUCAAAGACAGGCUUCAACUUCAUCAUUAGCAGUUUCUAAUGAGACCGUUUCACAAUGUAGUCACUUGAAGAUCGCAGUUUCAAAUGUUUACCGCUAGUCUUCAUCAGUAACGUGAGGUCAGCUGUUUACAAAAAAGCACAUUGCUCUGCUGUGAAUGGUUGGUUUUCCGCAGCUGUGAUUCUCGCUGUUUCAGGGACUUGUUGCGUCCGUUGUUUCUUACAGGGCAAACUAGUGAACUCGGGUGAACUCGCUGCAGGGCGAAACCACUGGCUUCCGUAGUGACUACAUCAUAAAGCAAACAAUAAUACAGUUGGUGUUACUGUAAUACACCACAAUGAAUAACUUUAACCUUAAAAGACUGUUUCUAUUUUGUUUGUUUGUAAUCCUAGCUGUGUGGUACUUCUUGCACUCUUUCCUGGGUCUUUAACAAAGGAGACAGGAUUCAUGUUACCACACUGCACUUGUUAUGGCCAGAGAAAACCUACAAUUUUCAAGUUGACACCUCUAACAGCCAAUUGGAGGAGGGUAUGUUUUACAUUAACAGGAAAAAUUUUUACCUGAAGUGAGAAUUAGCCUGGAAGCAUUGACACAAGGCUGUGCAUGUUCUAAACAAAAUAGUAUUUGGAUAGUGCAAACACUUUGACCCUAAAAGAUCCUGUAUACCCAGCAUGUAAGUUUCAUCCAAGUAUUAAAACUAAGGGUUUUAAGGGGGCCACUGUGCACCACUGUAGUCUUGUGAUUAAUAGACAUGUGCUGAACUUUAAAAGGGUUAUCAUGGAGAAAUGAUAGAUUAAAGGAGCAAUGCCACAAACUGCUUAAAACUUGUUUCCGUGGGCAUAGAGAAUUUUACAGUGAUUGCUUAUUCCAUUGUCAUAUAAGAGGAUGGCCAGCAGAUAGUUUGUGCAUAUGUUGAGCUCAAUUCUUCUUUUCCCCUGGACUUUCUUUUGCUAAUCUUAAUUUUUUUGCCCCUUCAUGAAGCCCGGCUUUAAAGGUGAGCAUUUGGCUAACAUAGUAGGGGGGGGGGCAGAGGUGGAGUUUUCAACCGCAUUUUUUCAAAAAAGUCAAAUGCCUGGUCAUGGGAAUGAAAGAACUAAUGACUGACUCCUUGUUUAGUGGUUUUACGCCUUUUUUUCAUUUCCCCUAACCUAUGUGAAACCUGUGUAUAUAGAUUGCUUCCUUCUUGUGUUUAGGGCUUGAACCAUCCUUCACCCCAGCAUGGCGCACAUUUAAGCAUUCUCUCUACAACCUGACCCCUGCUGAAAGGACCAUCAAGAGCAGAAAGGCAUACAUUGCCCGGGUAUCACCAGAUGGACAAAUUAUGGUGAUAGCAAUGAACCAGAAGUUUGCAGCUCACAACAGAGUGAUGUUUUAUUCACUGUCUCAGUCAGCAGUGGCUGUGAUUGCAGACUUGAAGGGCUGUGGAGCAAGGCUGAAUACACACGGGGGUGUCCCUAGUGGAAGGUCAGAUGUAAUAAUGAUAAUAGUAAUAAUAAUAAUAAUAAUAAUAAUAGUAAUAAUAAUAACGGUGACCCAUAUGGUGAGUGAGUGCGGUAAGCUGGCGCAGACAGAAUAUAAAGGAUGGCAUGAUAACAUGGCACAGUAUAUCCACUGGCAACUUUGUGGUAAAUGUGGAUUGGAAAGGGCUAAUAGAUGGUAUGGACAGAAGCCGGAGGGAGUGGUGGAAAAAGAAAACUUCAAGAUACUUUUGAAUUUCACAGUCCAGUGUGAUCGGAAAAUUGAGGCAAGAAGACCAGACAUUGUCUUUAUUGAUAAGAAGGAGAGAGAGGUUGUCAUAAAAUUAUUGAUGUUGCCAUCCCAGCUAUUGAAAGAUGAAAUUACAAAAGUCUGGCGCAUGCGAAAAGUCAUUGUAGUGCCUGUGUUAUUGGGGCCCUUGGAGCAGUAUCAGUCAACUUUAAGGAGUACAUGAAUCAAAUCGGCGUGAACGUGAGGUUGGAAGUUAUUCAAAAAACAGCAUUGUUGGAGACAGCAAAGAUACUAAGGAAAGUACUGUCCCUGUAAGAAGAAGGAAAAGAGAGACCUUGGACCCGUGGUGACUUGUUCUAACCCGCUCCCAAGGACUAUAAACCAGGCCGAACAUCCUGCCCGAGUCUACAAGGAAUGGGCAUAAUAAUGACAAUGAUUUAUAAUAUUGAUGAUGAUGGCGAUAAUGAUUUAAUGUCUGCUCAUCAAUGUGGCCAUUCCUGCUGAAAAACAAACGCCUUAAUAAGUUGUUGUAUAUAAAUACAAAGUAAGAUCUAGCCCGGUUUGCUGAGUUGUAUAGGUAAGCCGCGGUGUACCGAUCGGGAGGCAGGUCACGGGUCAGGGGCACCCAACGUCAAUUUUCGAAAAAUAUCUGUUCUGAAGACGAUUUAAGAUCUAGAAUUUUCGGAACAUUUGUUGUAAAAUUUCUUGCUUGCCUGCCUCUAAAAAAUAGUAUAAUUGCCCAUUUUUAACGGAUUUUUACCCUAAGGUCACCUAGAAUUUUCGGGAGCCUUUUUUCUGGCUGAAAUUUUCGAAAACGUAAGUUUUGAUCCCUAUAAUUUUCGGAUCACUAGACUUUCAGCUAGGAAAUCCGAACAGAUGAAAAAUUUUUAGGAGAUGAAAAUAUACCCAUAUCUACCGUUUAAAUGCUAAAAUACGUUUAACAAUGCUACGUUUAAGUGGUUUUGAACUAUAUUCUCGUUGGGUGUCCCUGACGGGUUGAAAUCCCGGCCUGCCCUGAGAGGGUAUGCGUGGAGCUGUUGCGGUGAACCUGCCGAGAAAUUAAUGACAAACGUAGUUAAAAUCAAGAGCAUUCAGUUUUAUUUUGCAGCAAUCCAGAAAUAAAAAUUACAAAAUGGUCAAGCGAAAAUAUUAAUUUUAGAAAAAGAUUAGGGAGCUUGGUUUCUAUGAAUUAUGGCUAUAAUUUACAUGCUUGCUACUCGUUCUAAUCCUUGUGCUAUGGCUCUGUGGUUGUUGUUAGUAUUUCCUUGUUCCAUGUUUUGUUGAGAUUUUUCUUUGGGUUCCUGUUCAGCUUUCAUUUGGACCGUAGCGUUUGGCGCUCCAAAUAAUCGCAUCUCAAUCUCUUCAGCCUGGGCAAUAUUCAUAGUUCUACAAAUCAACUCGACGAACGAUACACGAAACUCUCUUAAUCUGACUGAGUAAAUUAUGGGAUUGAAGAAAGAGUUUAACGAGGUCAUCGACAGUGCUAAAAAGCUUAAUAUAUAUACGACGUCCAACGACACAUCGCUUCGAUAUCGUAAUAAAACAGUUCUUACAACAAUUCCUGGCAUAUAACACAAUAUUAGCACAACUACGAUAGUAAAUUAAUGAUAAUGAUAAUGAUAAUGAUAAUGAUAAUGAUAAUGAUAAUGAUAAUGAUAAUGAUAAUGAUAAUGAUAAUGAUAAUGAUAAUAAUAAUAAUAAUGAUAAAAAUAAUAAGAAGAAAGACGGUGGCCUAUGUGGUGAGUGAGUGCGGUAAGCUGGCGCAGACAGAAUAUAAAGGAAGGCAUGAUAACAUGGCACAGUAUAUCCACUGGCAACUUUGUGAUAAAUGUGGAUUGGAAAGAGCUAAUAGCCGGUAUGAACAGAAGCCGGAGAGAGUGGUGGAAAGUGAAAACUUCAAGAUACUGUGGAAUUUUACAGUCCAGUGUGAUCGGAAAAUUGAGGCAAGAAGACCAGACAUUGUCUUUAUUGAUAAGAAGGAGAGAGAGGUUGUCAUAAUUGAUGUUACCAUCCCAGGUGAUGACAGGGUGAAAGAUAAGGAACUUGAGAAGUUAGAGAAAUACCAACUAUUGAAAGAUGAAAUUGCAAAAGUCUGGCGCAUGCGAAAAGUCAUUGUAGUGCUUGUGUUAUUGGGGCCCUUGGAGCCAUAUCAGUCAACUUUAAGGAGUACAUGAAGCGAAUCGGCGUGAACGUGAGGUUGGAAGUUAUUCAGAAAACAGCUUUCUUGGGGUCAGCAUAGAUACUAAGGAAAGUACUGUCCCUGUAAGAUGAAGGAAAAGAGAGACCUGAAACCCGUGGUGACUUGUUGUAAGCCGCUCCCAAGGACUGUAAACCAGGUCGAAUGUCCUGCCUGUGUCUACAAGGAAUGGGCAUAAUAAUGACAAUGAUUUAUAAUAUUGAUGAUGAUGGCGAUAAUGAUUUAAUGUCUGCUCAUCAAUGUGGCCAUUCCUGCUAACAGAAACGCCUUAAUAAGUUGUUGUAUAUAAAUACAAAUUAACAUUUAGCCCGGUUUGCCUUGUUGUAUAGGUAAGCCGCGGUGUGCCGAUCGGGAGGCAGGUCACGGGUCAGGGGCACCCAACGUCAAUUUUCGAAAAAAUGUUGUAAAAUUGCUUGCUUGCCUACCUCUUCAAGGAUUUUCGAACAUCUGAAAAAUGGUAUAAUUGCCCAUUUUUAACGGAUUUUUACCCUAAAAAGGUCACCUAGAAUUUUCGGGAGCCUUUUUUCUGGCUGAAAUUUUCGAAAAGGUAGGUUUUGAUCCCUAUAAUUUACGGAUCACUAGACUUUCAGCUAGGAAAUCCGAACUGAUGAAAAAUUUUUUAGGGUUUAAAAAUAUUCCUAUAUCUACCGUUUAAAUGCUAAAAUACGUUUAAUAAUGCUAUGUUUAAUUGGUUUUGAACUAUAUUCUCGUUGGGUGCCCCUGACGGGUUGAAAUCCCGGCCUGCCCUGAGAGGGUAUGUUGCGGUGAACCUGCCGCGAAAUUAAUGACAAACGCAGUUAACAUCUAGAGCAUUCAGUUUUAUUUUGCAGCAAUACAGAAAUAAAAAUUACCAAAUGGUCAAGUGAAAAUAUUAAUUUUAGAAAAGAUUAAGGAGCUUGGUUUCUAUGAAUUAUGGCUAUAAUUUACAUGCUUGCUACUCGUUCUAAUCCUUGUGCUAUGGCUCUGUGGUUGUUGUUAGUAUUUCCGUGUUCCGUGUUUUGUUGAGAUUUUUCUUCGGGUUCCUGUUUAGCUUUCAUUUGAACCGUAGCGUUUGGCGUUCCAAAUAAUCGCAUCUCAAUCUCUUCAGCCUGGGCAAUAUUCAUAGUUCUACAAAUCAACUCGACGAACGAUACUCGAAACUCUCUUAAUCUGACUGAGUAAAUUAUGGGAUUGAAGAAAGAGUUUAACGAUCAGUAGCUGUCACGAUUUUUCGAAUUAUAUAUAUGCUGCAGGUUGCUGUGUAGCGAAGCUAUAGCAUUAUUUUGUCAAGAAUGUUGUUAAGGACCGUAUAUUGUGUUAUAAUCGUGUUGAUGCUAUCAUUUUGUGAGUUUAAAGGCCUUUUUAUCUCUCUGAAAUUGUUCCUUGGCCUCUAGUGUCACUUGCUGAUCUGCAAUUUGCUGUUCGAUUCGGCGGAUUUCUUGGUAAACUGUAACAUGACAAAAGACGAUGAAGGAAAUGCAGACACCAGCAAAAACGCCCCACAUGAGGAGAAAUAAAGGUUUGUUAACAGCAAGUGGAACGUGCAAAAUGAUGGAUAGGAGCCACGCCAAGAUAGAAGCAACAAGGAAACGAGCAUCGGUGACGAGGGUGGUGUACGCGAAAGGGUAUGUCAUGGCCAGGAACCGCUCCGCGCUUACCAAAGCCAAGUGAAUUAACGAACCAGACACGAGGACGCUUGGCACGGCUGUUGCAAAAACUUGAAAGGAGCAUGAGGCACUGGAGGUUGAAUCAAGUAACACUGUUAUUGUCAACGCGAUGAGGGACGGUUGCAUAAGGACCCCGACAACGAAGUCUGUGGAAGCUAGCAAGGCGAGCGCGAUGUUGGACUUGUGCAUUCUUAGCCGAGAUUUCAUUUUGACGGCGAUCAUCACAAGCGCAUUCAAGACAACGGUAAAAGGAACUGUAAUGAUGUUGAUGACCACGAUGAUGAUCAGAAAAGUUUGAGUGCAAGUCGAAGUUUGAUUAAUUCUUCCUCCCAACGUUUCGUAAACCUCACAUCCAGAUGGGAUGAACUUGUUGCUUGGUACACUCGAAUUCAUUUCUUUUCUUUUUUUCUUCCUGGUUCUCUGCGAUUGUCUUACUUCCUGCCUCACCUCACUAAAAAUGACUUGGCGGUUUGUGUUGGUCUUGUAAAAGUAGCCUUAUCUUCUGUUGUUCAGUUAGUCCCGCUUGUUUUUCAGCUGGAAACAUUUAUCGUUCUCUGCGGCGAAAGUAAAGCAUUUCUUCACACACACACACACAAACGUUCUACGGCAUCGCCCAGAAUGACGCGGCAGACAUCCGUUCCUUUUACGCAUUGUCUUACAAAAUACAAAGGUUUAUUUUUAGGCAAUAAAGAAAAUGACUUAAAAGACUCAAGAGACCAGCAGUGCGUACUUCUGCGGACUUACGAGCUUAUUUCUGAAUUUUCACAACUGUUAGCAUAUGGCUUUUACAGAGGAGACCUUGUUAAAAAAGAAAGAAAUAUUUUUUGACAUGUUUGAAAUUGUACCAGAAGUGAAACCGGUCGCAAAUUUUGCUUGAAUCAGGCCUAUUUUAGGAAUAUCUUUGAAUGAGUUUGUUGUUGUGCUUGGAUAAUGCAAUUAGAUGUAUUCAAUGACGUACAAAGGAUUGAAAAGCCGUCACUGAACAACACAAUACCUAACCAACAAUAGUCAGCUUACGGCUUUCAGUUGAUUGCUUCCUGUUGAACCAGCUACGUGCCAAUUUCAAAUCAAGCUUACAGUCUAACCCCUAUUAAGCGGAGUUACAUCCAUACAGCAGUUUCUGAACGUUUUCUUAAUGAUAACCAUUCUGAAAACCAUAUGCUCUUGAUGCCUAUUGAAAAACUCAAAACUGGACGCGAUUCUAUAAUUGAGCCUCCACUAAGCGGCCAGAAAUCAAAGUCCCGAAAUAAAUGUAGAAAAGAAUGGGGAAUUCAGCCUCCAUUAAGCGGCAACCCUCUAUUAAGCGGCCAGCAAUCAAAGUCCCGAAAUAAAUGUAGAAAAGAAUGGGGAAUUCAGCCUCUAUUAAGCGGCCAGCAAUCAAAGUCCCGGAAUAAGGGUAGAAAAGAAUGGGGAAUUCAGCCUCUAUUAAGCGGCCACCCUCUAUUAAGCGGCCAGCAAUCAAAGUCCCCAAAUAAAUGUAGAAAAGCAAGGGGAAUUCAGCCUCUAUUAAGCGGCCGCCUCUAUUAAGCAAACGCGGCAACCUAUUAGCUAGCCUGCGUAACAGGCGCUUGGAAGUAUUUGGGCGCAAGAAAGAAAUCUAAAUUUCAAUAUUUAAUUUAAUGUAGAAGAGUUCUCCCUCAGGAGUUAAUACUUGCCGCUUGCCUCAAAAUCGGGGGCUGCAAGUAGCCCAACCCCUCCCCCUCCCCCUCCCCCUCCCCCUCCCCCCCACGGGUUGCUUCGAGGUGAAUUACUCAUAUCGGCAAGAAAAUUACAGAAAGGAAAAAGGUGAAAAAGAGAGAGACCUAAAAGGUCUUAACCAAUUUAUAUUCACACAAGCAACGUUACGCCUUAAAAUAAACUUGCACUGAAACCGUGAAUCAUACCGUUUGAGGUCUUAAUGCGCAAACCAGUCGUUUCGAUACGAACGCGAGCAGUAGAACUGCACAAAAAAUUUACUUCAACUUCAAGUAUAGUUUGCUCGUUAGCAGGAAAAAACACGUUGAGUGAACAUUCUUCGUUCUGUAAACCAAGCCCGUGGAACUAUUUACUCCUCGACUGAAUAAACUUGUAUCGAAACGACCGGCAACCUCUUGAUGCUGUAUCUCACUGAAUUAUUUUCUGUUUCUCACUUUUGUCUUUACUUUCAGGUCUUGGUGGAUAACAGACAUGGCUUGGACCAGAGACAGUCUUUUGGUUGUGUGCAUUACUCGCCGUGGUUCAGUUUGUAUUCUAACAAAGCUUGGAGAACCCAUGGAGAUCUCUACAGAGGGCUGUUCUCUCCACACCGGCCCCGCUUUUUUCCUACCACUCCAUCCAAAAAUAACUUUUCAGUGAGUACAUCGAAAUCCAUUUUAACUACUCUUUAAGGCUGGAAAAAUGCUGCUUUCUCUUAGAGUAACGAAUUCCAUCAAAUCGCGGUCUCACGUACAUUUUUCCCAAGGGCAACGGUUUUCGUACUCUAUACAAGCAUCUGUAAGAAUCUGCGAUAGAAACUUGACGUUUUCUUGCAAUUUGCGCUAGCCAAUAAACCAUUGAAUUUCUACUUGUGUAUUCUUUUCUUGCAUCGUUGAGUAUUGUCCCAUCGACCGUUUGUUUUAGAGUGGGGUGUGGGGGGGGGGGUGGGCGUGGAGGGGUGGUGUGAAAGAGAGGAAUUGGAGAAGAGACACAGCUUUUCUUGUCUCCUGGCACUAUUCCUCGCCCCAUUCUCCUUUCACGCCACAAAGGAAAAUGGUAACUGCAAGCGCUGGACAAUUUUUUGUCGUCAACCUUGAAAUAUUGUAUGGCGUUUGGUACUUUGAGGGUCAAAAUAUGUUGUAGACAGACUGCAAAACAGCCCAUAUUCUUGCGUAGUUCAAGAACGCGCGAGCAGUCAAACGAAAGGUCUGGAGCGAGGUUGAAAGUAAAGUGUAGGGGGGGGGGGUGCUUGCGCAUUAAAAAACCUGUUUUUAAUACAAAACCUUAGUCAGAAUUUCAGCCGCCUCCUCCCCUCGCUAAGCGAAAUUCAGACUUAAAAAACUGACUGUUUUGCUGUUUACUAUCUAUUGUUUCUUCGCAGACGGUCACGUGAUGUUACCUCGGACUCCACGGAAUCGUAUGCGUCAGAAAAGGACCCCCUCUCCCAGAGAUUCUCUGUGUCAGUACAUCCCCUUCUGCCGGUCAUUUUGAGCUCCGAUGGUUACCUAGUGACGGUGAUGCAGCUUCCGCCUGUUGCCAGUUACCAUGGAGUCAUGACUGGACUCAUGAGAGAUGUCACAAGGUGUGCCAACUAAAAUCAAUAACCUCUGAAAUGAACUUGGGUAUUCAUCACUGAAAUUGCAUGGAAUAAUUUUUUCCCCGUUUUCAGAAUGAAUGGGGGAAUUAACCUAAAAUAUAACGAGAAAACUUGGUCAUUAGGCACAAACUGACGUUCGCCGUUUACGGUGAAUGUUAUUCUAGCAUUCAAAAACUUAUCGAUAUUUCCUAAAGCUGUCCCCAACUUAAAAGUAAAUCCUACUUUUGGCGGCAAAAACGCGAAACCAUCUGUCUUGCGUAGAGAUAAGCAUCCGAAAAUUUCUUGCCGUUGAAGUCGAUAGCCUACUUUUACUUAGACAUCAUUUGAGUGAACAUGUAUCUACGAGAGCUCAUUUGGUUUUGCUUCAUACUGUUUUUAAAACAGUAGCUGAGAUUUUCACUAGAAAACAACACACUGAAGGAUUCUGGUAAUUGUUAAAAAUAAUGACGUCAUCAUACAGUAUUACCUUUUAAAAAGUAUUCGUUGUGUUUAUUGCAGACUUGUCCCGGAUGUAGAUGUAGAGAUUCAAGCCGGAUCACUGUCGCGAGCUUCUUCUAUGGGCAGAAUCAACAUAUUGCAGUCAGAAGUAAACAUUUCCCGUGGGAUCACUUCCACAGAAUUUCUGUCUGAUGCUCCAAGCGAGAAUAAUUCAACCGGGUCUUCAACGAUUGUUCCAGGUUAGUGAAUGUUCGUGGCUCCUAGCCUGCGAGCAGCUCCCCUAUUUGGGCUAGUGAAGCGAGUCUCGCGAGAACGCGCGAACGAACCUCGCGCGCUCUCGCGAGGCUCACUUGGCUUGCCCAAAUAGGAGAGCUUGCUCGCAGGCUACGUCGCUCCUAAACAUCUCCUCAACACGAUCUUAUUUCCUUCAUUUUCAGCAACAUUAGUAACUUUGUAAAUACUAAUACAACAUAACUGAGGAAUUUAGCGAUAAGAGAGAAGCUUUAACGUUUCUUUUAGAGAAACGUAGUGUAUUCUACUUUGCAAAAAUAGGCUUAAUAAAAUCAUGAAAAUGGUUAGUAAACAAAUUGUAUGUGUCUAAAUUUAUUAUAGGCAAAGUUAAGCCAGAGCUAAUGCCACUGGGGGCUUUACUCUCUCAAGCACGUCGUCUGUAGGGGCGUCCGCUUUAAAUUACAGGGCUUCUUACAUAUGCGCCACUUGCACAUCUCCCAUAAUGUACCCUAUUUCCCCCCCAAAAUUUUGCAUUACCUUUGUUUUUCACUUUCCUCGGUAUUACAGCCACCCCAAGAGAAAUUGAAAACAAUGCUUUUGCAAUUUUUUUUUUUUUUUUUUUGGGGUCACACUGGAACCUGACCUAGGGGGGAAGAUCUAUCUGGCCACAAUCGUACAGGGAUAGCCCCCCCUGGGGGAACGGGAGGGGGGGGGCAAAAAGAAUCCGCAAAAUUUCGACACAAAUGGCGUGGAAGGGACCCCCAAUUUCCCCCACGGAAAGAAAAACUAAAACAACACCCCCCUUGCACAUCCCCCAAAAAGCCCCUUUUUUGUUCCCCCCCCCCCAAAAAAAAAAAAAAAAAUUGCAAAAGCAUUGUUUUCAAUUUCUCUUGGGGUGGCCGUAAUACCGAGGAAAGUGAAAAACAAAGGUAAUGCAAAAUUUUGGGGGGGAAAUAGGGUACAUUAUGGGAGAUGUGCAAGUGGCGUAUUGCUUUAGUUUUGCUUUCGCUGCGGAUAAUUGCGGAUCCAUUCAACGUCAUUUGUAGCGAAAUGUUGCGGAUUCCUUUUGCCCCCACCCUCCCGUUCCCCAAGGGUGGCCUAUCCAUGUAGGUAUCGAGUCAGAUAAGUCUUCUCCACUGGAUCAGGUUCCAGUGUGACGGUACCUGUUAGUGGCCGCUGCAGGGGUGGUUCCGCUGGCGGGGUUGACAUGGAUACCUCCCUGCUAUGCCUGGGGUAUUUUAGACCCCACCCCACCCCACUAACCUUUAAGGCACCAGUUCCCAAGCUCAUCUAUCAGCGAUGAGUUAAAUUGUUGGUAUGUUUAUUUGUUAAUCUGUUUGUUUAGGGUACGGUCUCGCAAGUGGAGAUCAAGGGAAAGGUUUCUUUGGACUCAAUGACCCUGAACUUGAAAGCUCUUUGCCUGAGUACAUACCUGGUCAUCCAGAUGCUAUUUCUCAUGCCCAGGGCCUCUCUAUCAUGGCUCUUGCGCUGGGGACCGCGUGUGGCGUGAACUGGAAACGAGAAGUUGGUUCGGCGUUGGACCUAACGGUAAAAGUUAUGUUGAAAGUGUUCCAAGUUCUUCUUCGCAGCACUGAGAAUGUUGCUAAGCUACGCAGCUUUUCUGAGCCUUUUUCUUCGCCAGGUGAUUUAGUAAAACGUCGUAUCCCCAGCCCAGUGGGAGACAGAAACCUGUCCCGGGCUCUGGUUUAUUUCCGGUUGUCGCUGGAAGUGUUUAAGUGGGAUUCAGGUCACAGAAACGUGUUUGCCUGGGCUUUUCAUUUCACACACGGUAUUAUAAAGGAGAUACUGCUUCUGAGAGAUGCGAGUGUUGUUUACCGCAUUACUUGUUGUCUUCGAGUGUUGAAGAUAGCAGAACGUGUUCUUAAUCUUGUCUAUACAUCAAAGAGUGAAGGUACACCUGAUCUACAAGGCAGUGAACCACCUUCGCAAAACCUGCUUCAACAAGAAUCUGAAAAGGUUGGACUGGAAAAGCAGGAACCUAGAGAGGACACACCGGGGUCGAAAACGGAUAAACAGGAAUCUGAUCUGGUUAAACCAGGAUCGGAACUUGUCAAACAAGAUGCUGAAGCUCAACAGGCGAUAGAGAGGAAAGGGAAAGAUUCAGAAAAUGAAGUUUCUGAGAGUUCGCAGACCCAGCAACAAACCAUCGCUCAAACACAUCUCAGUGGAUCGUGGCUUCUGCUGUAUAACUUCACCUCAGAAAGUUACAAGAGAAUCCAGAAACGACGAACUUCUUUGUUUUCUGCUGAGGAAAGCGAAAGCAGAGGAAGCGUUGAGCAGAAAAUGGUUGAAUUACUUUGUGAAAUUCAAGAAAAACUGCAGAUGCUUGGUGUAAGGAUUCCAAUGAAUCCUGGCGCGACAAAGGAGACUAUUGUGGGUAAGUUUCUUGGUAAUGUGUGUAUCACCAAAUGAGAUACAAAAAUAUGUUCAAAAGGUUAAUAUGCCCAUACCAUAAAGUAGGUAAUGACAGUGCGAUUAGCGCUGGGUUUAUACUUUUAGAUGGUUCUCGCAAACAGUGGAGCCUGAGCCUUACGAGCGCUUAUAACCCAGUGAAAAGAAAAACGUCAGAAUGUCUCCAUAUUCUUACCAUUCUGCAUAUAACUCUGUGGCUUAUGUUCUAGUCUACGUUGCAGACACGCUGAACCUUCCGUUUAUAGCCAAGGUUUACGCGAUACUUGGACCGGCUGCAACCCAGGCUGUUAUGUUCCAGUGAAAGCAGAUUGCCAAGUCGCACGUAGAAGGAGAAGAAUUAACCAGUCACAAUGCAUGGGAUCUAGCACUGCAAUUGGUUUAUAAUUCUCCUUCUUCUUACGGCUCUGACGAUUUCGUUUUUACUAAAUUGUACUAGUGGGAGGAAUGAAGUCAUAAGCAGAAUAGGAAAUUACGUAUGCCAGUUACGCGACUUCGUGGGAUACCGGGAUAUUAGGCAGAUUUAUCAAAGACAACCUGGUAAGAGAGAAAAUCGUCAGCCUUAGGUUUGUGUGUCAGAAGACUAUUUCGAGCUACCGACGUAACAUAAAGGCCUCUUUACCUUUUUCACUCGAUACUGGUGCAAAGAGUUUACCACUGUUUGUUAUUGCUGUCUUUCAGAUGUCAUCGCCUAUUUGGACGGCACCUACCACAAUUUGCCAUCCGAUAAACCGCAGGACUCUUUGUUCUCAAGAAGACGAUCCAGCCUGCAAGAAAUUGCGGGAAACGAGCAAAGUUUGGACAUGUCGAGGAGAUAUGGGUCACCUUUCAGGGAAAUACCGGACCUCCAGCAAUCACGUGAUACACCUUUAAGACUUUCACCCAUGGGAAUUUCUCGUGGAAGUGUGAAUGAAGAGGAUUCGAAAACGCUGUUGUCUAUUCUUUAUUUACAAUUACAGCAGUACGAUCUACGAGCAGCCCUUGACCUUGUGUAUUCAUUACUUGAGCCGCAAUAUUCGUGUGACCAAUUGGAAAGCUAUGGUAGUUAUUCUUUUUUAUUUAGUACCGAGGGUGCUUUACAAAUCGGCAGUCAAGCGCCCUCUACAAAUCACCGAAUGGAAGCCUUGCUUCAUAAUUACCCAAUCGCUAGAGUUGGAGAUAAUCGAGGCCUAAAAGUGGUGCAUACACUUGCUAGGUUCAUGUCAGCCUACUUUUCAAACUUUUCACUCUUUGUUUUUCCACCAUAUCACCCUAUUCCACUUCCACCGUUCCAGGACCAUGAACAACGCAGUGACACGCUUGUUGACGCGAAACGGCAGGGACCUUCUCAAGCUGCAGAACAUGUUCCACUUGAAAGGGCCAAAGUAGCUCAAGCAGUACGAGACCAGGGUCUUUAUGAGCUAUGGAGUGCCAAUACUACUGUGGAGCUAUUGCUUGUGUCUGGGUUGAUCCCGGAAGGGGCGUGGCUGGCCAUGAAUCUUGGUGACUGGAAAAACGCAUUGCUGCUUUCAUUUGCCAACGAUUUGCUUAUGUCUAGUGUAUCGCAAACUACUGCUGAUCCAAAGUCCAAGUCCUUGAUCCAAGUCGUUUUCCCACUAUCUCCACUUGACAUCGAGACUAACGCCAUUGCCAUGUCAAGGCUUAAUCCUGCCUUCAAGCCGGUCCCUCAUGAGGGAAAAGAGGAAACUACAAGUUCUGUAGACAACAAUUUAACUCACUCAGCCACAAAAAAGAAAAGCCAAAGGUAUUUCAAUAUUUAUCAUAAUUAUCCAUUUUGUAAUUACUGGUGAUCCCUGCAAUCUGAUUGGCUCUCAGCAGUGUGAUUUAUUCACGAAUCAUAUAAUUUUUUGCUCUAAAUCACACCUGUUCCAAAUCGUGUCAUUCAUGUUCUAAAUCGCAUCAUUUCUGUUGUAAAUCGCACCAUUUUUGCUCUAAAUCGCAUCAUUUCUGUUUCGAAUGCAAUAUGAGAUGUAAAAGCCUUUUUGUUUCCGCUUUUCAACAAACCGGCUACUUGAUCAAUAAAAUGUAAGUACUGACUGAAUUCUGCGAUUUCAAAAUGGCUGUAAUAGAGUGGUAGUUGAACUUAGUGUCGUGCAAUUCAGUUUGGUCUGAAAUCAUACCGAACUCGUGCUGCGCGGGUUGUACUGUAGACUGGGUCGGUGUUGCUUCGAAUUGCACCAUGGGACUGUUUUCUAAGGAACAUUGUAUUAGCCAAUGAAAAGAGUUUUUGCUUGUCCAAAACAAUCCCAUAUUGCAAUUCGACACAAAACCGACCCUGUCCCUGCGCAACUUAAAAAUGAUCAAUUAUAAUGGUGUUCCAGAGGCAUUUUGAACACGUGAUUAACGUGUCGGAUUUUUAGAUCAGGCUCCAGUUGUUCAAAAGGUGGAUAGCGUUAUCCACUGGAUAAAUCACUAUCCAGUAACUAACGCAAUUGGUUUACAUACUACUUAUGCGCUGGAUAGCAAUUUAUGUAGUGGAUAGCGCUAUCCAACUUCUGAACAACCGCGGCCUGGAGGUCGGGGUCCCAACCAGGACCGUGCCAUCGAGUUUUUUCUCAUACGAAAAGAUCCACGAUGUCCUUCUCCUUUCAGGCCCCAGUUGUUCAGAAGUUAGAUCAGCUAUCCAGUGAAAAAAAAUCGCUAUCCAGUGGAUCAGUGUUGGGGAAACCAAUUGCUUUAUCUGGCUCAUUUGUUCGAAGGGUGAAUAGCACUAUUCACUGGGUAAAUUACUAUCCAAAGGAUAGCGCAAUUGGUUUUCUUACUACUUUUCCUCUGGAUAGCGAUUUAUCCGGUGGAUAGCGCUAUCCAACUCUUGAACAACCGGGGCCUGGUGUAUAGUGACAGGUAUCUGCCCGGUGGGUAGCGUUAUCCACUUUGCGAUCAACUGGGGCCAGGUUUAUAAAUGAAUACCGGACUGCUUGGGGUAAGCCUUAAUUCAUUCAGGGUUGUUGUAAUGCUCAGACAUGUUAUUCACCGGCUAUAGUAACUGGGAUAACCUCCGACCAUGUGGCCCUUCUUGGUUGGACUUGCCGGCGCGUGUAACUUUGCCUUAUUGUUUUAGAUCCCAGCAGACUCCACUGGAAAUAGGAACCGAGCUUGAUGAUGAUAAAGUCAUAAAAGAGAUGUCUGGUAUCCUGGAGGCUGGAGUAGUGGCAAGACUUGACUUGGUACCUUUGAUCUUAACAAGUUUGCUCAGCCAGUUAAAGGAGGUGGUAACCGCUUUUGUGUGGUUAGUUCCCGAGGAGUUUUACUUGCCAUAUCCGCCGUCUUACUGCCCACAACCGACUAAUACAAAAAAGGUAAGAAUUAGCCAUAACUAUAUAACACACUUCUUCUUGCUUCACGUAAUUCAAGAUUUCGUUCCUCAAUUUGCCAGGUUUGAACUGCGUUUUUUAAGUGCAUGCGAUUGAUCGAUCAAUUAUCCUUUCGAUAGAGAAAUUGGUUGUUUCGUUGUCCCAUUUGUGUUGAUAAAUUACGUCACUGCUUGGUGUCAAAACGGUAAGAUCCAACGGAUGGUUCAUAUGGACCAAAUCAACCAAUCAAUCUUGGACCAGGGACGACAUUAGUCUAAAAUAUCAUCCGUCUCUUCGCCCCACCCCCCUCCCCCCGAGAGUCACUCUCGCCUGGCCUCUCGUUGGGUGACUAAGUCGAAGAGACGGAUGACAAUUCAGACUAGGGACGACACCCGUCGCGCGAUCUACUUUUUUCUUUCCAGGGCAUGAUGCCACCAGCUGCCGAAAAAGAAGAGCAACUCCGCGUCAAUGUCGCGAGGAUUGUUCAGAAGAUCCUCCUGUUGCUAAAUGCUUCUAACUGCUUGGGGCCGUGUGUAAGAUGGUAUACGGAACAGCUUGUUCAGGCCACAGAGACCUUUCAUAGUGUGGACAGAAGUUCCUCUGAGUUUCCCAUGCCUUCCUCAUUGGUGGGGUAUGCUGACCGAGGAUUUAGUUUUCACGAGAAACGUGGUCAUAUAUCACCUCAGAAGAAAGGUAAUAUCCUUUACUUAGCUGAGUUGCAUUUCUCCUUCCAUUAAGAGUCGAUUUGGCCGAUACCUUCCCACGCAGACGUUCUUGGGGCUUCGUCACGCUUUCCGGUCCGUGGGGCAGGAAUGCGUAAACUUUAAGAACGUCUGCGUUGAGGAGGAGCGUUGCGUGACGACCCUUAAAACGGCUGCAAAGGAGACUACGUCUGCGUAGGAGGCUAUUUAGCUGAUUGUUAGUCAGAACUCUGCUAAAAUCAUCGAACAGUCAUUUAAAGGCAAACAAAGGCAGAUAGUGAAUUCGUUGAGGAAGAGCUAAAUCUACUGCUGGAUUGUAGUGUGAAAUGAAGACACGAACCUUGUUGUUUCCAGGGAAAAAAACCGCGGCAGCUCCUUCAAGCGGUGAUAAGGAUACGACCACUGAAAAGCUACCAUCCUCCGUUAGAAGUGUCCUAAGGUGUUUUCGUGAUUUCUGUGCAAUUAUGUGGUUAUUGCAUGCGCGUGAUAAGAUGAGCAAGUCAUCCAGGAAGUACAGAGAGCUUAGAAGCCAAUCAACAGGAAACGAAGAGGUAAGAGGUAUAUCAAACGCGUAGAGAAUAUACAGACGCGGAAACAUGGGCUGGAGAAACGAGGUCCUGUCGAGUAUUUUAGCCUGUCUUGUUAGAGAUAUCUGCUGUCUUUGAUCUAUUUCAAGUUCAUUUUUGCACGUUGAUUUAAAUAACUUCUUCUUGGUAAUUGACACCAAUUUUUGAUCCUUUCCAUCGUUUUUUUUUUCUUAUCAUAAGAGAAAUUGAAAACUUGUUUUGUCGCACUGAUUUGCCAUGGAUUCUUCUAGGAGACCACGACCAUCCAGUCCAUCUGUUGGGAGACCCUUCAUUGGACUACUAGACUCGUUCCAUUCAGCUUGUUACUGAAUGCUUCAGACAAAAUCAACGACACUUUACUCACCCUUCUAUCUGAGUUACCACCCACUAUUGCCACGGCAGAAUUGACAGCUCAAUUCUUUGACGACCCGGAGGUGGUUCAAACAGCGACUGGGACGGCGAAAUUUAAGCGCCUCAUGGCGCAGUUUCGAGGUGUCAGUGUACAAGAUGGUGAUGGCGAACAUGAGCCGCUGUCUGUGUUCUAUCGUCGGAUAUCCUGGGAGUGGAAACGAAAACACGAAGAAGAUGAAAAGCUGUUUGGCAAAGAUUGUGAUCAGUUUUUUGCAGUUCCUGAUGCAAGCGAGAGUUCUACCUCGAGGCAUGACGAUCGUGAUCGAGCCGUGGGAACGGUAUCCUUCGAGGCGCAGCCAUCUUACUUCCAGUUCUUGGACACAUUUUUUAUGAUCACUGUCUCCAAGACUGUCCUGUCACAUCACAGCAAAGCACCAUACCCGGUUCCUCUUCUUUCCUCCUACAGCAAACGUCUUUUAGCAGCAGACACAAACGCGUUGAUUGCUUUACAAAAGAAGUUUUAUAGUGAUCCUCCUCACAAAUCCGUCAAGGAUGGGUCGGGUCUUUCAAGAAGCCACAGCUUCACAGAUGUUCGUUCUUCUAGGUUGGGAUCAGGUGUUUCUGUUGAACGCUCUGAAACUGGUGCAGACAUUAAGCGCAGUAACAGCAUGAACGAUAUAGCCAAGCUGGGUUCUCUACCUGACUUAAAAACCUUGGGAAGCCAGAUACUUGAUUUCUUGCCAAGUUUAACUUAUCUUAGUAGAUGGACCUUGGAAGGUUCGUCUUUUCCUUUAGGUUCUUAUGAUUCUGGUGCUCGCGCCACUCGGGAAUCUCUUCCAGUGAUGCGGGUGCACGUUCCUUUGCCUCUUCUUGUUAACGGUUUGUGGUUGCUUCAGAAUGUUUACUGGCUUUGGGUCUCUAAUCGUGAGGUUUUAAAAGACAUUCCAGUCAUUCGGCAGACGCCUCCUCUAAGACGUUUACCCAAGAGCGCAAAAGACCGUUACGCCCGCGUGAUAGAUACUUCAACGCCACCAAAAGGUUUGCGUAAAGUCCUGAGCGAUUCCAACAUCCAAGGGUCGGUAAAAAAGUCUCCCAAGCGUCACAGUUUUUUCAGUGGAAGGCUAAGACAUCGUUUAGAGGCUGAUUAUCACCAAUCGACCCCAGAUAUGUUGAAAGAACCUCAAAGUGAAGCAGUUCGUUUAACCAGUGGUUUAACAGAGUCCACCAACGACAUCCCAACAAAACCCAGGAAAGAAUCGACCCAUGUCACCAAACCACUACACAAAGUACUUGGGUCAGCUCAACAAUUUCAUCGUAUUCCAAAGUCAAAUAGUGAUCCGAACAUUCCGAACAUUGUGGUGCAUAGUCCUACAACAGAUGAAGAGAAGACAGAUUUUAGUUUUGCACUGAAGAAAAGGAAGACAGUUAGAGGGACGGAGAGAAGUCCAACCACUUACCACUCCGAUACAGGUACAGAAACAACACCAAAUACUUUUUCAUGCACGUGUAUAUAUCUUUAUCUUUCGCACGCUCCAGACGAAUAUUGCAAAAAUGGCUGAAAUCUUUCAUUGUAGUGGCUUGGGCGUCCAUAAAAUCUUUUCCAUUGGUCUUACUUACCAUUUUUGCAUUUGCUUUAUUUCAUUUGAAUGUUUAGAGUAUCAAAUGAAAGCCACAGAGCACUCGUUUCUGCUGUGCUAUUGUCAUUGUACAAGGGUGUUCUAACGUUUGAGUCUUAAAAUAAAAUAUUUCAAUGUGACCAUUCAGAUGAAAGCCAUUGAACAGUUUCGUGUGUUGCUGUUAAUUACGCUGUACAAGGUGCCUGAAGUGCGACUACUGAGCAAUAUUUUUCUAGAGUUCUGUUUCCUGAUUUGCUGAAAAAUGUAGCUGAUUUCGUUUCGUUAGUUCUGUCUUGAGUGCUUUUAAAACUGUUAAAAACCUUGGUGUUGUUGUCCUACUAGUGCUGUGUGCGUUUGUGAUUUUAAUAGUUUCCUGUCAUUUUUACAAUUUAACUUAUUCUUCUCUGCAGAUUUGCCGUCUCCUGGCAAGCCAAUCGUGACCUCCACUCCUGCAAAAGCCAAGCGCUCAAAGAAAACGAGACGAAGAGAACACCUGGCGAAAAAUAUGUCCGAUGAACACACAACAAAAUCAGCCAUCGUCCCAGACAUUGACGGACCUGACUUAGGAAAACAAGAAAGCGACGGUAAGAAGAAUAAUGUCCUACGCUGCCGUUUUAACCCCUUAAACCCUUAUAUCAAAAGUCACAUUCUCAUUUGUUGUCCUUAUACGUUUCCUAUGGUACUAGUGGGAAGAAGUUGUUGAAGAAUCUGUUAGAUUCAUCUUGUGUGAUCAUGUCCUUAAUUCUUGUCAUCACCGAUUCUAUAAAGCAUUGAUAUUUCAAGGAGAAAUUUGAUGCUGAUCGUUCUUAGGGCUCUAAGGGUUAAGUGCCGUCGCGCAAACCCUCCUUCAUAUUUUUUUUAAUUGUUCAUUUGUAACCGCGAGGCUCUUUUUGGAAGCGUUUUGAAGGUUCUCUGCGAGCUCUCCAGUCAUGUAGCAGCUCUCUCGACCCUAAAAGCCAAUUGGUUCGAUACCCUAACCGUGAAAAAAUGCGAAAUAAUGAUAAACAAUGAUGUGUUAUUGUUUUCUGCUCAUUGACACUCAAAUGAAGUGUUUUUUUUUUCGCAAAAUCGGUCAGAAAACGUUCUGUUUGCCCUAUAACUUUAUUAACUUACAAAGUGCCCUUUUGUCAAUAGUUAGGACAAUAGAAGAUACAACGUCCUUGACACAGAAGACAAAGGAACGGAGUACAGAUUCUAGGCCGAUCAUUAGGACAGCUACAUCGCGUCAAGGGAGAAGGAGAAAGAAGUCCCCGGAUGAGAAUAAGGUUACUGAUGUCAUGCAUGAUAAUCAAAAAGCUGUUGGUGCUUUGGUUGCCAAGGAUUCCAAGCAGGCAAAAGAGGCGACGGCAAGUGAUUGGAGCCAGCAUUCUUCAGCUUCUGAGGCAGCGGUAUCACAAGGGAAAAUGGAGUUACUUCUUGUCGUUAGGUAAGAUUUAGCUUUGGUGUUAAAAGUUGCAGAGCAAACAAACAACACGCUCAAUUUCAUUAAGAAGUUUUGUGACGAAAACGUUAGGAAGGUCCUUUUUUUUUUGUUUCGAUUUGUUGUACCAACAUUAGCACCUUCGAAAAUUGGUCGGGCAGACUCUUAAAAUCUAGAGCUCACCACUCAAACGUAGGAUGGUUAUCCUGUGUUGGAUGUGACCAUCUGUAUAUUCACACUGGUAGUUUUUUUAGACUUAAGUUGUACAUGCUGCUGUUGCUUAUGUUGUUUUUGUAUUUUUUUUUUUACCUUUGUACCAAGAAGAGAAGGGAUAAGUAGCAUGGAGCUUGCACCUACUAUAACUCUUUUAAUAUUGUAAUUCUAAGCUAUGCAAUCUUUCUACAUUUUUUUUUCCAGGCCAGGCGAUGAUGGCGACCAAACUAUUUUGCAAUCCGGUAUUCCUCUUCUCCGGAUACCAACAGUUCUGGAUAGCAGUAAGAGCUCGGAAUUAACUCCUCAAAGCCACAGCAGGAGGCAAACAAACAAUACAAAAACUGAGACUGGGUCACAAACUGAACAGCAGAUAAUGACGUCAUCAUUUUCACAGACGCGUCAGUUCUCUGGCCCUCCAGAUCACGUGACUAAUCCGCCUGGUAAUCAGAUACUAACAACGACUGUCUCGCAAACACAACAACAUUUUGGGAGUCACCCGAUUCGUCAUCAUGAUCCGCAGAGUUUGUUUUCAACAGCUUCUCAAACACAGGUGCACUCUGGUAUUCUUAAUCGUGAUGACCACUUGACUCGUCCUUCAGGUCCACAGAGUUUGACGUCAUCAGCUACUCAAACACAGGUGCAUUCUGGGCUUCUAACAGGUGAAGAGCACUUCACUCGUCCUUCAGGUCCGCAGAGCAUGACGUCAUCAGCUUCACAGACACAAGUGUAUUCCGGGAUUUCACCUGACCAAGGUCGGGUGGUCAGUCAGUCGGUGCAAGGUACUCACGCGAUGUACACUCAAACAGAUGUCAACACCGAGCCCAAACCAGCUUGGCCAGUUUUUCCUUUGUUCUUAUCACAGCAGCCACCACAAACCUCACUCGUUUUAGUUGGUGGAAGUUCAUGUGUCGCUUUAAAUGGCAAUGAAGUAGAAGGUAAGUGACUGGGUCGAAGUUUUGACCUAAAUUCGUUUUACUCCGAAGAACUUUAGGGCUUUGCUUCGUCACUUUGCUCGCUGUUACAUCUCCCAGAAACAAAACCCACAGCAUCGCAAAGUGUGGUACCUGAUCUAAGCAAAAUAAAGUUCUUAGAAAUUCAACCCAAAAGAGAACUAUUGGAAAACAACACUGAAAAAAAAGGACUCGGUACCACGGGCGCGCCCUCUAAGAAGUGGCCUUUGCUGCGCAUGACCGAAAGGCAAUCGCAUCCGACUGCUAUUGACUUGAAUAAAAUGAGGCUUUAUGAAAAUCCACCAUCUGUUCGCGAAGCCUGGCCGCUCUUGGAAACUCCCAGGCAGGCAGAAACUCCGCAGCUAAUCCCAUUGGAGAAAAUACUGGCGUUUGAAAAGAGAAUGAGAGAUAAGCUCAAACCUCUUACUGAGCCGCCCACGCACCCACUCUACCCUCACGAAAAAGAGAACAUCCAACCCCUAAUGGGAGAUAUACCAGCAAUGGUGCAGUCUACUGCUUCAGUAACUGAACAACCUGUGGCACAAAACAAGAGAAACGCGCCUUCAAGGUAAGAUAACUUUGAGUACUACAGUCAUUAGUUUUUGUUUCGUCACGCAACGCCCCUCCUCAAGCUGCGUGAGAGACUAUUCAGUCGUACUCUCCCAGGCAGCCGUUUUUGUUUCGUCACGCAACGCCCCUCCUCAAGCUGCGUGGGAGACUAUUCAGUUAGUUGUCUCCCACGCAGCUGUUUUUGUCUCAUCACGCAACGCCCCUCCUCGAACUUUCCCCAAUAGGACGGAGGGUAUUUGUAUUUAUUUAUGGAGGGGUCCUUAAGCGGACGUUUAACAGUGCUCGUCUCACGGCUUUUUGUCGUUUUUAUGGUCGUUUAGCCUUUGAAGUCAGCAGCUAAAUUCUCCUCACGAUAACAAUGCUUAAUUUACCAUAAUAGUAAUGAGGUUAAAAGAAAUUAUGUAGGUUAAAUGUUGCCAACCAAAGAAAAUGACAUCAAGACUGUAGCGUGUUGGUAAAUUUUGUGGAUUCGCUUACUUUUGGGAUUCGCCCUCAUCGUUCUUCCAUGUUUUGUGUUUGCUUUUAGACAAAGACGAAGGCAGGCUUUGGAAAAAGAAACCCGACCUCGGUCAACGUCGCCAUUGUACAAGAGCAGACGAGGAAGAGGAACUGGUCGCAAAUUCGCACAGAGAGAAGUAAUUACAGUUCAACCAGCGAAAAAAGCGAGGAGAGCUGAAAGGGGAGUUUCUGAUCAAGCUCGACCUGCAAAAGGGCAUCAAAGUACGAAGCCACGACAAAACAAGCCGCAAAUAGUACAGGAAGUCGUUUCUACGAAGGAGAAGGAAAAGAGUGUUAGCUUGAGCGAAAGUGAGUUGGAAUUAUCAGAGAUUUUUGAUCAUGUGGUAGAUAUUUCCGAGGAAGAAGAGGAGUAUUUUCGCGUUGAACGAAGUCCAGACUCGAAUGCUUUUAUCGGCGACGACCGUAAGUAUCUAAGUAAAGGAGAUGUGCACAGGCCAGCCAGUAAGAAAGGUCACAGUGCCGAACCCGUCAAAAACGGAAACUACAAGGAAACUAUUAGAGAAAGAGUUCACAGGGAACCCAUGCUCGAAGAUGUACUACCUGCUCCACCCUCCAUGCGGCGUAUAAAGGAGAGAAUAGGACGAAAGCUACAGGAAGUCGACCAGCAGAUGGCUGAGUAUCGGAGUGGGAGCAGCAGCUUUGGUAACAAAUGGCGUGAUGAUUCUGAUAGGCAGUCGAGACACGAAGGUGCUCUAAAACAGAAUAUUGGUAUUCAAGUGGGUGAGGAAAAGAAGCCAUCGCCAGUCAGUCCUGUCUAUUCCUCAAAUAUCUCUGGCGUUAUCGGACUGGGAAGUACUUAUAAAGUAAGUUCCAGCUCUCAGACUGAUCAACCUCCAGCCCGGUCACCUCCAGAGAGAAGAGACCGGGAACUAGUAACAUUUGGUGUUCAAACGGAAAAACAAUCUGAUGAUGUUGAUCACGUGACAUCCCACGCGCCAGUAUUACCACCGGAUAUCAUUUUAAAACUGCAAAUGCCCAAGCCUGAUCAGGACCGCAUCCUCCCCACUGGUUCGCUUAUAGAUUAUGACCAAUCUGUUACUGACCCUCCAACCUCUGUACGGGGGAGGCUGAUUGGAGUAGAUAUGAGUGACAUGACUGGUGGUGGCCCCCCUGUUAGUUCCACAGAUGUUGACCAGGUGACCAAUAGUGUUCCAAUAGAUGUCAGGGGGAGGCAGUUCCUAAGUGUGGCUGAUAUCGACCAUAAUCAGUGGUUCGAGGUUCGAAGUGCGCCAUUAACGACUGCAGAUGAAGUAAGUACAGCUCUUCCUAAAGAAAAGGACACAAAGGAGGAGGAACUGAACAGGAGUGCUGGUGAAAAAACAGAGUUGUUUUCUAAACAAGGUAAAUGUGCAAAUUACGAUAUGACAUCUCAAUUCAUACAGUCAAACCUGUAUUAAGCGGUCAUCCUUGGGUAAUGGCUUACUGACCGCUAAUAUGGGUUGAACGUUUAAUACAGGUUUGAUUAACCGAAGGGUUAUUCAAGAAAAUGAAGCUGGUGACAUAGCGAAAUAUCUAUCCCAUGCCUUUUUGGCCUCAAACUGUUUCUACCUCCACUUGAACCUAAAGAAAAAUAGUAAAAGACCACUAAACGCCUUGCAUAGUGUAUCUGUUGCACUAGUAUGGUAGAUUUGUGAAGGUGACCUUUUAACAGAGAUGAAGACAAUAAAGGUCAGUUUUACAGUUAUUAAGUGAAACUAUUUCAGGGACUUUGGUAAGUGACUGCUUAGUAGAGGUCCGCUUAAUACAAGUUUGACUGUAUGCUGAAGUGUAGGUACAGCGGAGUAACCGUUAUGCUAGUGAUUGGUUAAGACACUUUCUUGUAACGCCGGUUCGUAUCAAUAGCUGCACAACAAGUUUUAUUUGUCGAACAGUCAGAGAAGCAGCUGUGUCUCACAAGAAAAGACAUGUGUACCGUCCUUUUCAGACCUUUUCAGUAAAAAGUGCAUAAUGUCUCCACGUACACAGAAGGGACUAUUUCUGAAAAGAAGUCGUCUCGGGAAGAAACUGUGCUCUUACGGAAAAGAAAACGUUUCUUAACAAUAAUAUUGCCUCGAGUUAGAACUAUCGGUGAAAGAAUGUCUAUGAUAUCCAUAUGAUGCUAUUGACUGGGAAGAGUUUUCCUUCUGUUUAGCUUCUUCAGAAAUUUCAAGACAUGAGUCUGUUGAAGAAAAGGAAGAUACAGAACACAAACAAGAAAGCAAGAAGCAGUCCUUUGACGGUGCUGACCGAGUAACAGUAGACAUGAUGGACUCCAUAGACAGCUCUUUUCAGAGGUAAGUGGUCACCAAGUUUGCUCACAAAGAAACCAAAAAUUUCAAAUGCAGAUUUUAUAAAAUGCAUAAAUCCAACAGUAUCACGUGAAAGUACUGACAAAGAGAUUUCAUUUUAAUGGUCACAACACAGGGUUUCAUCCUUUAAUUAGACUCAAAACUUAGAACUACAUACUUAAUAAAUAGUUCCACUUGAAAGCACUAGUGAAAAGGUUUCACCAUGAGAUCCCAUCCGCAGACUAAAACUUAGGACCAUGUAAAAGUACUGCUGAAGUCGUUCCAUUUGAAUGGUCACACCACUGCAGUAUUUCAACCGAAGACUCAAAAGUUAGAUAUGCGUCACAAUUGACUCUCGGCGUCCCGCUCUUGUAGGCAUAUAUAUAUAUUUUUUUGUUACCGCGUGGUAAAUGUUAUGUCACUCUAUAUUGUUGAGAUGUGUUUCCCCAUAAACCAAACGUUCUUUUCCUUGCACCAUGGAGCUGAUUUGGUGACGCUAUCGCUUCUUAUAUUGGCCGUUACAAAGUGGUUAGAUAUUCGUCCCCCAAAACCGUCCCAUAAUACAUUCAACACACUCCACUACCUCAAAAAAGCCAAUAGAAAGAAUGUUGCUGUUACAAUUAAAAAAUUGUCACUUGAUUUUCAGGUUUUACCCACUUCCUUUCCCAGUUGCUUCCCAGUCCAGUGCGCGCACUGUUUCGACGCAUGCGCUGAAUGAAAGAAUGCAAGAAAUGAGCGAAAGGAUAGAAGCAAUGGAUCAAAUCACGCAGAACAUGGACAGAGAAUUUAAGAGUUCGCGCGUGGUAAGUACUAGGCUGAUUUAGCAACAGAACGGGAACGUCAGUUGACGACGGCGCGCGCAAAUCAAACAACUGGCUUGACCAAUGGCAGAGUGGCAAAUUGGGCACCGGAAGUCGAGUUUGGUCCUUUCCGCGCGCUUUCCCGUCGUCAAAUGACGUUCCCGUUCUGUUGCUAAAUCAGCCUACUAUCGGUACUACGCCCCCUUUGGUUUCUGGGAUCGUUACUAGAGACUUUCCGGUCAGUGAGUCUGCGUAGUAAGCGGCUCUCGUUCCAUUUUUCGCGCGGCCAAAACCGAAAAUCCCGUUCCUCGCCGUUCCCCGGUCUUUCUUUGCUCCGAAACCACACGGAAACGCUUGCUGUGCAGGUUAGCUGGUCAGCAGCCGGUCAGCUAUUAACCAUUUUCUUACUGACCUUAGUAAUAGUCCCAAAACUCUUUGCAAAAGUUAACUUAGCCCAGUCUCCUUUCCCUUUCCAAAGUGGUGAAUCUGUUUGCAACUUUACGUGCCAUAAACAUUCUUUGUCGUUCUAUAACCGCCGGGAGUUUUACAAGGAAGACAUCCCCUGUGAUUUAUAUUUUGAUAACUGGUCUCGCUAAAGUUUCCUCUGCGGACAGAACAAUAGAUGGUAGCGAAGAACUCCUUAAGAGUUUACAUUUGAUUGAUCACACUUAAAACUCAGACUCGCUAUAUCUAUGAAUAACAAGUCACGAAAAAAAUUAUUCAUUCGCUUUCAUUUUAAUGACAACAAGGAUCAUUUCAACAGAAUAAGAAAUUGUACACUAAAUGACUCAUUAUAUGGGGAGAAUAUUUGUGCAUAAUUAGCUCUGCUUCUUUUUUCCAGCUUCUUUCAGCUAUUCAAAGCAUCGAUGAAGUGCUAAACCCAUCUCCAACGGAGGAUGAAUCCUUCCCGAGGUCCCGUCGAGGAAAGCCCCGGAGAUGGGGAGAUACCGCACCUUGGAGAAGAGCCUCCAAAAGAAUGCCUCAAAAACUACAAAAAUCUGAAGGUUGGUUAUUUUACCAUUGGUUACUCAUAUUAUUGCUAAUUCAGGAGUGCAGUUAGCAACAGUCGGCGACAAAAUGAGUUGAGACACUUCGCCCAAAACUGGGCUUUUUUACGUUUUAUUAACUUCAAAAGGAGGAAAUAUUGCUUUCCUCCCCCAUCCCCUCCGUGCAAUGUUGUGCCCUUGUUCUAGCUACNUACCAUUGGUUACUCAUAUUAUUGCUAAUUCAGGAGUGCAGUUAGCAACAGUCGGCGACAAAAUGAGUUGAGACACUUCGCCCAAAACUGGGCUUUUUUACGUUUUAUUAACUUCAAAAGGAGGAAAUAUUGCUUUCCUCCCCCAUCCCCUCCGUGCAAUGUUGUGCCCUUGUUCUAGCUACCUAUAGAAAACAACAAACACCCCAACUUUGAAUGGAGGGGACAGGGGAGGGGUUCAAUUUUGUCGCCGAUUGAAGGAUUCGGAGAGUGCAGCGUUACAAACUGUUGGCUUAAUUCUUUUCCUCGGUAACACUUUAAGCCCUAAUAUCUAUACAUAAAUUCUCCACACUGAUCUCCAUACAUUUCCUUAAAGAAUUAUCUGAGAGAAUUUGAUAAAAGAUCAAAGCAUUUUCCCUUAGAUGAUCAUUUUAUUUAAUCUCAUAACCUUUUCUCUUGAUUUUGUACUGACAUUGUUAGGAGAGAAUUGGCGUUGGUCGCUCUACUUAAUGGAGGUAGUUUCUAAGGAAACUGUGGCGUUGCCCACGUGGUUGAGGAGUGAAACAUCAAAAUUUAGUUUCGUCAAAUCAAUGGACCAAGUAAAUCCACCUCGUUCCCAGGAUCCUACUCGUCCCCUGGAGUGAGAGAGAAUCGAGUAGGAAAGGACCCUGGGAACGAGGUUGCAUGUGAAUUUGCCAUCGCAAUCAAUUUCCAAAGCUGGUAUCUCGAGCACUAGCUAUCCCUUCCAUAUUCAAAUCUGUUGAUAAAACGUAAUUUUUCCUUUCCUAUUUAGAUACGGAAGAUAGCAUUGAUGUUGAUGUAGAAAAAGAAGCAAGAGUUGACGUGGAUAAUGUAAGAGAUGUUAAGUCUGAAGAGGAAGAGAGGGCCAGCGAAGGUGCUGAAGAACAGAUAGUCUCUGAGGUAGAACAAGAUGAUGACAGACGCUCCGAUGAACAACGAGAAGAAGAGGUCGGAGACAGCGUUGAAAUGCGGAGUGAUGGUGCCAUAGAAGAAGGCGAAACAGCGUUUGACGGAGAAGAGACAGCUGAUGACAAGCAUGAAGAUUAUAACAUGGACAUCAAAGCCGAUGCUGAAUGGGAUCGCCAGAAAGACGAACCUGCAGCCCCUUCACAGCAUCAUGAAAGGUAACAUACUUUCUAACAGUUUUUAGUCAUUCAUGUGUUUCGUCAAGCCAUUCAUCUAAACGACGUCGUUUCUCAAGUGUCCCAAGCCUGCUUGAUUUAUCGUUNUAUGAUUAGGAAGAAUGUUGAAUCUUACCUGCGUUUCACAUCUCUUUCCUUUUCCAUAGACUUCAUCUUCUUAAAAUUAACGGUGCCCUUAAAAUAACAAGAUAACAUAAAUACGAAGGUCUGGCUAUCACCAGGGAAGUUGCCACGCGUUGUCACGCAAGAACGCACGCGAGAGGCAACUGUAACCGUAGACUGAGAAAUAAUAUUUCCAUCUCAUGAUAACUUCACAUUAACCAGAACUCUAUGAAAGUGACUCCGCGGUUUAUCGUUUUUAAAUUUAUAACUACGUAAAGGCGAAGCCACACGAUGCAAAUUCGCUUAGAACUUUUGAAAUCCCGAUGGCCACGCGAUAUGAUAUCAUGUGCAACUUCUUGCAAGCAAUUUAAGGGACUGCAGCACCAAUGUAAUCAGAGUCCUUGCACAAGCUAUUACGCAGCUGGACAAACGGUGCCGUGCGAUACUGCAUGGCGUGUCCGCGCCUUAACAUCGAUUUAGCAAUCCUAGCUAAUUCUGUCUUUUUUCUUUCCUUUCUUACCUGUGUGGGAGACAUGAAAGGUUGAUGUUCCUGUGCACGAAGCUCUUCCUGCUGGUUCCGCCAUUCAGCUUGCUUUUCUGAACGCUUUUUGUUCAUCCAUUCCUUAAGAUAUUUUCUAGCAUCUGGGCUGGGGUCCCUACUGAGGGAGGACAAUUAAAGCAUCAUAAACCGGUCCUUGUUAACUUUAACCAAAUACCUUGGCUGCCAAACAACAGACCACAGGGAGAAUGGGUACAAGCCCUCGGUCCAACGAUUUCUAGGAUUGUUUGGGUAGACAAGCUUUAAUAAACCUUUUUACCGAUACGGCGGCCAUAUUGAAUUUAUUCGAUUUAAGGAGUAUUAUAGGAUGCCCAGGGGGCAUGAGCACAUUUCGUUUGUAUUUUCGAGCUCUUUUCGGGACAUUUUUUCUUAAAGUUUUCUUAGAAUAAGAUUGUAACGGGAAAAAAGAUCUUUGUGCCGUGUUUGGAUGUAAUAAUGACCGCCUUUUUUCUGAGAAAUAUACAGUGAACGAUUAUAUUUCUAAUACUAAACUAGAAGAAGGCGAUCAUUAUUACAUCCAAACACGGUACAAGGAUCUUUUUUCCCAUUACAAUCUUAUUCUAAGAAAACUUUAAGAAAAAAUGUCCCGAAAAGCGCUCGAAAAUACAAACGAAAUGUGCUCAUGCCCCCUGGGCAUCCUAUAAUACUCCUUAAAUCGAAUAAAUUCAAUAUGGCCGCCGUAUCGGUAAAAAGGUUUAUUAAAGCUUGUCUACCCAAACAAUCCUAGAAAUCGUUGGACCGAGGGCUUGUACCCAUUCUCCCUGUGGUCUGUUGUUUGGCAGCCAAGGUAUUUGGUUAAAGUUAACAAGGACCGGUUUAUGAUGCUUUAAUUGUCCUCCCUCAGUAGGGACCCCAGCCCAGAUGCUAGAAAAUAUCUUAAGGAAUGGAUGAACAAAAAGCGUUCAGAAAAGCAAGCUGAAUGGCGGAACCAGCAGGAAGAGCUUCGUGCACAGGAACAUCAACCUUUCAUGUCUCCCACACAGGUAAGAAAGGAAAGAAAAAAGACAGAAUUAGCUAGGAUUGCUAAAUCGAUGUUAAGGCGCGGACACGCCAUGCAGUAUCGCACGGCACCGUUUGUCCAGCUGCGUAAUAGCUUGUGCAAGGACUCUGAUUACAUUGGUGCUGCAGUCCCUUAAAUUGCUUGCAAGAAGUUGCACAUGAUAUCAUAUCGCGUGGCCAUCGGGAUUUCAAAAGUUCUAAGCGAAUUUGCAUCGUGUGGCUUCGCCUUUACGUAGUUAUAAAUUUAAAAACGAUAAACCGCGGAGUCACUUUCAUAGAGUUCUGGUUAAUGUGAAGUUAUCAUGAGAUGGAAAUAUUAUUUCUCAGUCUACGGUUACAGUUGCCUCUCGCGUGCGUUCUUGCGUGACAACGCGUGGCAACUUCCCUGGUGAUAGCCAGACCUUCGUAUUUAUGUUAUCUUGUUAUUUUAAGGGCACCGUUAAUUUUAAGAAGAUGAAGUCUAUGGAAAAGGAAAGAGAUGUGAAACGCAGGUAAGAUUCAACAUUCUUCCUAAUCAUACUGAGUGAAUGAAUGAUGUGUCUUUAGUUACCUUACAAACGCCAAUAAAGACGCGAGUCUGCCGUGCCAAAUAAGGCAGUUAUACAGUUCUGGGUUUAGAAACUAAAAAAGGUUUCAUCUAACGUUAACUUAAACAGGAAAACGGAAGAUCAACACAAACAGAAGAGAAUAGAAUCAGCGUCCAAUCUUCUCGCGGAGAUGCUGGCCGAGCCCGUUCCCAAGGCCAAUGUUCGUAAGCCUAAUCUCCGCUAUGGGGGAAACAUAACCUCGCUUUUUACAAAACCUCUCCCAGGGAAAAAGAAAAGAGCUGGCGAACGACACAAAACGUUACCUAAAAGUUCGCGAAAAGGUAAAGAGAAAACUGACCAACGAGGAGCCAUUAAUGAAACAGCACUUCAACAGUCUCGUUUUCCAGCGAAAGGUAACCAUUCCGUUUACGAUGGAACUUAUCGUCCAGGCUCGUUAUUUUCCGAGGAUUUUCCGGAUCGCGGUGCCGCAGAAAUUUCAAACAUCAGAUCGCAAAGAACCCCUCGAUACGACUUAAUACGAACUAGCAGCCCGGUUGUUUCAGACGAACAAGAUCUGGCCAGUUUAGUACCAGAUAAAAUUGACCGAAGCGAUAAGUUAUAUGCGAAGAAAACUGCUCCGGACGACGACUAUUGGCGUUCGAAAUCUCCUACUGGCGCCGAGUUUGUCACGAAGCAAACAUAUCGGGACUUUGCUAAGAACCAGCCAAAACGAUUGAAAGCGCGCGAAACUGCCUUGCGCAGGACUCCCCACGGGGGUAUCAGCGCGCAAAGAUUUUCGUCGCAGCCGAAGGGCGUUACAACUAUGGGACGAACGUUCGCGAGGACACAACCAACUUACCCUCUCCUCCCUGGUAGUGAGACGUUAGCGGAAGUAGAUCGGUUGUUAGAGGAGGAUGUCGAUGGUUUAGAUGUAGAGAAUCUUGAAGGAAUAGAGAGCCUGUUGGAAGGAGAUGAGGAACUAAAGGACUUGUUAUCUGAUGUGGACUGGCGAGGUAUUAAUAAGGUCAGUGUGUUAGUUGAAUUUCCUAUUCAGUUAACCUAUAGUCGUGACGCCAUACUACACUUUACUCUGUAAUUUUACGGCAAAUUCUGCGCAAGGGUAAUUUAUUUUCAGUACCAACUAUAGGUCGAAUAAAACACCCAAGCGCCCGGAAAAUCGCAUCCAGCGAGGAAUCGCGACGCGCGCAAGGCGAUUUUGUGUUCCCUCGCGUGCCUCGAAAGCACUUCUCUCUAAGACGGUAACAAACUACUCGCAGGCACUAGCGCGUGAGCACAAGAUCGCGGACGAAGCGUCCGCCAUAUUGCUUUUGAUAUGUUUGCAUGAGGUCUGGGUCAAAGUGACCUAAGAUUGGUCCAAGGCCUUGUGCUUAUGCUUGUGCUUAUGUCGACUCCGUUUUCACCAGUCAAAGCUACGACGUAAGCACGAGCACAAGAAGAACGAACUUGUCCUUUUUUCUUGUGGUUGUGGUUAUGCUUGUGGUUAUGCUUAUCAGCUAGUGAAAACCAGGCUUAAAGCACCAACAAAAGUCUAAACUUGAGUGAUCGUGGUCGUCAGUACUUCCGAGUCAACUGGAAAUGGUUGGCAAUGAUAGUUUAAAUUUAGAAACGACUGAAUAUUUCGGGGCUAUAGGGUGGCACCAGACACAAAUUACACCCUCUUAUCUAUCAAAGCAUUUGCAUUAAAUAGAAAUCUUCUUUUCAAUUAAAAGGCUCGUUUUUUCACUUUUAGCCUAGAAGAGUUGAUUCCUCCGGGCUGACUGGUCAACGCUCUAAGCUGAUUAAUGGAAGAAUUAAAGAAACGGAGAGAGAAGAAAGUAAGUUUUAUUGUCCGAUCACGCAAAAGAAUACCUAACACUUCCUUCGUCUUACAUCCUUACAGGCUUAAAUUGCACCAUCGUAUCCUUACAUUGCUUAUUUAUUACUUGGAUUUUUAUUUCAGUUGUAUAUUGGUACGUGUGCGCGCGCGCAAUUUAAUUUUGGGCGCGUGCAUUAUUUAUUUAUUUAUUUUAGUUGCGUGUACAUGUAGUUCGUUUAAUAACGUCUUAGUUUUGCUUUGCGUUAUUUUCCUCACUUAUAUGUGUUGUCCGCGACUGUGCUCACACGGUGGGUGGCUCCUCCUAAAAUGUUCUGCAAUUGGUAUAGGAUUUAAUGGAGCCGAAACCAAUUGUGGAAUUGCACUCAUUUUAGGCAUCCUACUGAUGAACAGUUGGGACACGUAGAUAUAUUUUUAGCAACUACUAUAAUUUGCAGUCUGUCUACUUUGAAUCCUUAUAUAACUUUAUUUCACGUUAAUUAUUGCCUGAAAAUAUAAUAAAGAGGACAAUUACGCCUUGGUAAACUGUCAUGUUUUGGUGCUUGCAGUUGAUUGGCCAUCAAACGCGAACAGAGAUUAUAGUCAACAUGAAGCUGAGCCAGGAGUACCUUCAACCAGCGUUCUGUUGCGGGAGUUUGAUCUUGACGUCAGUCCGUGGAGUAGUGGACAGAGUUUGCGCGCAUCUGAUGAUGUUGCUCAGCUUCUGGUGAGUUAUGGGAUAGCAAUUUCAGAUGAAAGCUGUUGUGUACCAGUAUUCCUCCGUUUGUUCGUCAAUUUUUUUCUCUUCGACAAAAACUACUACUCUACUACUCAUUUGAAUGGUAACACUUUAGAAUUUCUUCUACACGGUUAACAAUUAUGAUCACCUUCAGUGUAUAUGCAUAAUAAACAGCGUAACAAGAAGCUUAUGCUCAAUAUAUAGCUUUCAUUUGAAUGGGCACAUUUGAAGAAUUCUUUGAUCGAUUCAGAAGUUACGACCACCCUUUGGAGGCCAAUAAACAGUACUUCGACUUUGCAUUUAACACUUUUGAGAACAAAUCUAGCCACGUUCCUAAACAUUCAAUUCACUUGUAUAGUCCUGUGGAAUAAGCGAGCAAUAAAUCCCCGAAGAUUUUAUUUCCAUACGCGCGCUCGACGAUCUCUAAAGAGAAAUUGACGGACUGUGAACAGGCUAGAAUAGUGAACUCAGAAGUUUGAUGGAGUACCCAAUCAUUUUCUUAGAUUCUUUGUUGUUGUGUUUUAUUUGAGGCUGAUGUUGAUGAGGCUGUAGGAAAUAUGUCUGAGAGCACAGGAAGUACCCGAAGCCAAAUAGACUGGGAAGAGGUUAACAAAAUCAUGGGAGAAGCAUAGUUAUAGACAGAGCUAACAGCGAAAACAACGUUUAAAUCAGCUAAGUCUUGAUCCAUCUGUGUGUUCCUUUGCCCGUGGAAGUUUUGCUAGUUUCUCAGUAAUGCCAUGGUUAGCUCAUGGUUCUUGUAUUAUCCAGUGUGAAAUGUACAUUGGUAUAUACCGAAAUUUGGCAAGCAUCAUGAUUUGAAUGGCAUUUUCCAUUUGCUUGGUUUUCUGUUGAUAUUUCACAUACUUAAUAUUCAGCAUAUCGACAAAAACCUGAGGAUCUCAAAAUUGUAAUAAAAGUAAUAUAUCACGCAAAUCUAUAAUUAUCAGAAGCUUUUAAAGUUACCGGACAUCAAUCGUAUUUAUUGAUAAAUAAUUGAUUGAUUUAUGUGUUUGUCUGAAGUGGUCUGCGAAUUUCCAAGACAUGCAUUACCUUACGUGGCUUCUCUUGGCCUCGGGAGAACAUUAUUUAUGUUACUGUGUCUGUAAAUAGGAUAAAUUUCACUCAUCCGGGAACAAAUAUUUUCAAAAUAAAUGAAUAUAAAUAAAUUUACCAUUUGUUUCUCUCUCUCUAUAUAAAAUAUUUUCGUCUUCUGAGGAAAAAACUACGCUAUUUUUAUUCACCAGGCCAUUUCCGAGUUCCAAAAAACCCACACUUUCAGUACGAGGCUAAGUGCCAAACCUUUCUUGUGUAAAUGAGUUGUAUUUGUAUGAGAAUCAAAAAUCUUUUUCAUGUCAACAACUUCGCACUUCGCACCUCGCUUUGAAACAGAGGCUUGGGGGAACUCGGGAAUGGCCUAAUAUUUUCUUAUCUCUUGAUGUAUUUAUUUCAAGAAUUUUUUUAAUACCACUGUAGAUUAUUUAGUAACACCUCAACCUGUGGCACAAAACAAGAGAAACGCGCCUUCAAGGUAAGAUAACUUUGAGUACUACAGUCAUUAGUUUUUGUUUCGUCACGCAACGCCCCUCCUCAAGCUGCGUGGGAGACUAUUCAGUCAUUAGUCUCCCACGCAGCCGUUUUUGUUUCAUCACGCAACGCCCCUCCUCGAUCUUUCCCCAAUAGGACGCAGGGUAUUUGUUUUUAUUUAUGGAGGAGUCCUUAAGCGGACGUUUGACUGUACUAGUCUCACGACUUUUUGUCGUUUUUAUGGUCAUUCAGCCCUUGAGGUCAGCAGCUAAAUUCUCCUCACGAUAACAAUGCUUAAUUUACCAUAAUAGUAAUGAGGUUAAAAGAAAUUAUGUAGGUUAAAUGUUGCCAACCAAAGAAAAUGACGUCAAGAUUGUAGCGUGUUGGUAAAUGUUGUGGAUUCGCUUACUUUUGGGAUUCGCCCUCAUCUUCCUUCCAUGUUUUGUGUUUCCUUUUAGACAAAGACGAAGACAGGCUUUGGAGAAAGAAACCCGGCCUCGGUCAACGUCGCCAUUGUACAAGAGCAGACGAGGAAGAGGAACUGGUCGCAAAUUCGCACAGAGAGAAGUAAUUACAGUUCAACCAGCAAAAAAAUCGAGAAGAGUUGAAAGGGGAGUUUCUGAACAAGCUCGACCUGAAAAAGGACGUCAAAGUAAGAAGCCACGACAAAACAAGCCGCAAAUAGUACAGGAAGUCGUUUAUACGAAGGAGAAGGAAAAGAGUGUUAGCUUGAGCGAAAGUGAGUUGGAAUUAUCAGAAAUUUCUGAUCAUGUGGUAGAUAUUUCCGAGAAAGAAGAGGAGUAUUUUCGCGUUGAAAGAAGUCCGGACUCGAAUGCUUUUAACGGCGACGACCGGAGGGGGCUUAGUAAAGGAGAUGUGCACAGGCCAGCCAGUAAGAAAGGUCACCGUGCCGACCCCGUCAAAAACGGAAACUACAAGGAAACUAUUAGAGAAAGAGUCCACAGGGAACCCAUGCUCGAAGAUGUACUACCUGGUCCACCCUCCAUGCGGCAUAUAAAGGAGAGAAUAGGACGAAAGCUACAAGAGGUCGACCAGCAGAUGACUGAGUAUCGGAGUGGGAGCAGCAGCUUUGGUAACAAAUGGCGUGAUGAUUCUGGUAGGCAGUCGAGACACGAAGGUGCUCUGAAACAGAAUAUUGGUAUUCAAGUGGGUGAGGAAAAGAAGCCAUCGCCAGUCAAUACUGUCGGAUUCUAUUCCUCAAAUAUCUCUGGCGUUGUCGGACCGGGAAGCACUUAUAAAGUAAGUUCCAGUUCUCAGACUGAUCAACCUCCGACCCGGUCACCUCCAGAGAGAAGAGACCGGAAACUAGUAACAUUUGGUGUUCAAACGGAAAAACAAUCUGAUGAUGUUGAUCACGUGACAUCCCACGCGCCAGUAUUACCACCGGAUAUCAUUUUAAAACUCCAAAUGCCCAAGCCUGAUCAGGACCGCAUCCUUCCCCCUGAUUCGCUGAUAGAUUAUGACCAAUCUGUUACUGACCGUCCUACCCCUGUACGGGGGAGGCUGAUUGGAGUAGAUAUGAGUGACGAGACUGGUGGUGGCCCCCCUGUUAGUUCCACAGAUGUUGACCAGGUGACCAGUAGUGUUCCAAUAGAUGUCAGGGGGAGGCAGUUCCUGAGUGUGGCUGAUAUUGACCAUAAUCAGUGGCUCGAGGUUCGAAGUGCGCCAUUAACGACUGCAGAUGAAGUAAGUCCUAAAGAAAAGGACGCAAAGGAGGAGGAACUGAACAGUAAUGCUGGUCAAAAAACAGAGUUGUCUUCUAAACAAGGUAAAUGUGCAAAUUAAGAUAUGACAUCUUUAUUCUUUAAGUCAAACCUGUAUUAAGCGGUCAUCCUUGGGUAAUGGCGUACUGACCGCUAAUACAGGUUGACCGUUUCAUACAGGUGUGACAAAGCGAAGGGUUAUUCAAGAAAAUGAAGCUGGUGACAUAGCGAAAUAUCUAUCCCAUGCCUUUUUAGCCUCAAACUGUUUCUACCUCCACUUGUACCUAAAGAAAAAUAUUAGACGACCACUAAACGCCUUUCAUAGUGUAUCUGUUACACUAGUAUGGUACAUUUGUCAAAGUGACCGUUUAACAGAGAUGAAGACAAUAGAGGUCAGUUUUACAGUAAUUAAGUGAAACUAUUUCAAGGACUUUGGUAAGUGAUCGCUUAUUAGAGGCCUGCUUGAUACAGGUUUUACUGUAUGCUGAAGUGUAGUUACAGCGGAGUAACCGUUAUGCUAGUGAUUGGUUAAGACACUUUCUUAUAACGUUCGUAUUAGCUAUACAACAAGUCUUAUCCAGUGUCGAACAGUCAGAGAAGUAACUGUGUUUCACAAGAAAAGACGUGUGUCUUGUCUUUUUUCAGACCUUUUCAAUAAAAAGUGCACAAUGUUUCCACGUACACAGUAGGUAAUAUUUCUGAAAAGAAGUCAACUCUGGAAGAAACUGUGGCUCGUAAGAAAAGAAAACGUUUCUUAACAAUAAUAUUGCCUCGAGUUACAACUGUCGGUGAAAGAAUCCCUAUGAUAUCCAUAUGAUGCUAUUGACUGGAAAGAGUUUUCCUUCUGUUUAGCUUCAGAAAGUUCAAGACAUGAUGACUCUGUUGAAGAAAAGGAAGAUACAGAAGGCCAACAAGAAAACAAGAAGCAGUCCUUUGACGGUGCUGACCGAGUAACAGUAGACAUGAUGGACUCCAUAGACAGCUCUUUUCAAAGGUAACUGGUCACCAAGUUUGCUCCAAAACAAACCAAAAAUUUCAAAUUUCCAUUUUGUAAAAUGCAUAAAACCAACAAAAGGAAGUACCACGUGAAAGUAUUGGCAUAGAGGUUCCAUUUGAAUGGUCACAGCACAUGGUUUCAUCCUUUAAUUAGAAUCAAAACUCAGAACUACAUGCUUAAUAAAUAAUUCCACUUGAAAGCAGUAAUGAAAAGGUUUCACCACGAGAUCCCAUCCGCAGACUCAAAACUUAGGACCAUGUAAAAGUACUGCUGAAGUCGUUCCAUUUGAAUGGUCACACCACAUGAUUUCAACCGAAGACUAAAAAGUGAGAUAUGCGUCACAAUUGACUUUCGGCGUCCCGCUCUUGUAGGCAUAUUUUUAUAUUUUUUUGUCACUGCGUGGUAAAUGUUAUCUCACUCUAUAUUACUGAGAUGUGUUUCCCAAUAAACCACACGUUGUUUUCCUUGCACCAUGAGGCUGGUUUGGUGACGCUAUCGCUUCUUAUAUUGGCCGUUACAAAGUGGUUGGAUAUUCGUCCCCCCAAACCGUCCCAUAAUACAUUCAACACACUCCACUACCUCAAAAAAGCCAAUAGAAAGAAUGUUGCUUUUACAAUUAAAAAAUUGUUACUUGAUUUUCAGGUUUUACCCACUUCCUUUCCCAGUUGCUCCCCAGUCCAGUGCGCGCGUUGUAUCGACGCAUGCGCUGAAUGAAAGAAUGAAAGAAAUGAGCGAAAGGAUAGAAGCAAUGGAUCAAAUCACGUUGAACAUGGACAGAGAAUUUAAGAGUUCGCGCGUGGUAAGUACUACGCUGAUUUAGCAACAGAACGGGAACGUCAGUUGACGACGGCGCGCGCAAAUCAAACAACUGGCUUGACCAAUGGCAGAGGGGCAAACUGGGCGCCGGAAGUCGAGUUUGGUCCUUUCCGCGCGCUUUUCCGUCGUCAAAUGACGUCACCGGUCAGCUAUUAACCAAUUUUUUUUUCCUGACCUUAGUUAUAGUCCCAGAAGUCUUUGCGAAAGUUAACUUGGCCUUGUCCCCUUUCCCUUUCCAAAGUGGUGAAUCUGUUUGCAACUUUACGUACCAGAAACAUUCUUUGUCGUUGUAUAACCCGCGGCAGUUUUACAAUGAAGACAUCCCCUGUGAUUUUUAUUUUGAUAAUAACUGGUCUCGCUAAAGUUUCUUCCGCGGACAGAACUAUAGAUGGUAGCGAAGAGCUCCUUAAGAGUUUACAUUUGAUUGAUCACACUCAGACAAAAACUCAGACUCGGCAUAUCUAUGAAUAACAAGGCACGAAAAAAAUUAUUCAGUCGCUUUCAUUUUAAUGACAGCAAGGAUCAUUUCAAUAGAGUAAGAAAUUGUACACCCGCUGAAUGACUCAUUAUAUGGGAAGAAUAUUUGUGCAUAAUAAGUUCUGCUUCUUUUUUUUCCAGCUUCUUUCAGCUAUUCAAAGUAUUGAUGAAGUGCUAAACCCAUCUCCAACGGAGGAUGAAUCCUUCCCAAGGUCCCGUCGAGGAACGCCCCAGAGAUGGGGAGAUACCCCACCGUGGAGAAGAGCCUCCAAAAGAAUGCCUCAACAACUACAAAAAUCUGAAGGUUGGUUAUUUUACCAUUGGUUACGCAUAUUAUUGCUAAUUCAGGAGUGCAGUUAGCAAGGCUUCGAAUAUAUAAAUUCUCCACACUGAUCUCCAAACAUUUCCUUAAAGAAUUAGUUGAGAGAAUUUGAUAAAAGAUCAAUGCAUUUUCCCUUAGUUAGAUGAUCAUUUCAUUUAAUCUCAUAACCUUUUCUCUUGAUUUUGCACUGACAUUGUUGGGAGAAAAUUGAUGUUGGUCGCUCUACUUAAUGGAGGUAGUUUCUAAGGAAACUGUGGCGUUGCCCGCGUGGUUGAGGAGUGAAACAUCAAAAUUUAGUUUCGUCAAAUCAAUGGACCAAGUAAAUCCACCUCGUUCCCAGGAUCCUACUCGUCCCCUGGAGUGAGAGAGAAUGGAGUAGGAAAGGACCCUGGGAACGAGGUUGCAUGAGAAUUUGCCAUCGCAAUCAAUUUCCAAAGCUGGUAUCUCGAGCACUAGCUAUCCCUUCCAUAUUCAAAUCUGUGGAUAAAACGUAAUUUUUCCUUUCCUAUUUAGAUACGGAAGAUAGCGUUGAUGUUGAUGUAGAAAAAGAAGCGAGAGUUGACGUGGAUAAUGUACGAGAUGUUAAGUCUGAACAGGAAGAGAAGGCCAGCGAAGGUACUGAAGAACAGAUAGUUUCCGAGGUAGAAGAAGAUGAUGACAGUCGCUCCGAUGAACAACAAAAAGAAGAAGUCGGAGACAGCGUUGAAAUGCGGAGUGAUGGUGCCAUAGAAGAAGGCGAAACAGCCUUUGACGGAGAAGAGACAGCUGAUGACAAGCAUGAAGAUUAUAACAUGGACAUCAAAGCCGAUGCUGAAUGGGAUCGCCAGAAAGACGAACUUGCAGCCCCUUCACAGCAUCAUGAAAGGUAACAUACUUUCUAACAGUUUUUAGUCAUUCAUGUGUUUCGUCAAGCCAUUCAUCUAAACGACGUCGUUUCUCAAGUGUCCCAAGCCUGCUUGAUUUAUCGUUGUUUAACUACAAAAGCUCCUUUUUAGUUAACUUUCUUUCAACUUGUUAGUACGGUAAGUGUGAUAAAGGUCUGCCUCACGGAAAUUCCUAAUAUUUUAGUGAUCUAGAACUAAUUUUUUUCUUUUAAGACGUGUUUCCACCGUUUUCACUGAUGUCAGCAUUUUAGAAAUAAGCGAGAUUUUUAAACAAAUAGAACUAAGUAGAUUACUUAUGAUAACAUGCCGUCAAUACACCUAUGCACACCUAGAAAAUAUUCUAAUUUUGAAGUGGCAUAUUCUAUUCCCUUGCAAUGUUUUAUUUAUUUUUUUAAUUCACUUAUUUACUUUUUGUUUCCUUUCAGAGAUGCAAAACCUCAGGUUUAUGAUCAUUUAGAUUCUCUUUCAUUAACACCGGAUAAGCUGAAGGACAUACUCCGCGACAAAGACAUAAAAAGAACUCGGUAGGUUAAAUUUGUGACUUCUACACUGUAGAUUUUAACAAGCGAACUCUCUUUACAGAUGUUGAAUACCUGCUUAGCAAAAGGAUAAGAAAUAUGGGAGAUACGAAGCAAUGCGCGCCAGACAGGAAGAGGACUUCUGGGAUUGUUUGGGUGGACAACCAUUAGUUUUGAUUGGUCAAUGGUAUCCAAAGACAACCAUUGACCAAUCACAAUUAACGCUUGUCUACCCAAACAAUCCUAGAAAUCGUUGUCCCGAAGGCUUGUACCCAUUCUCCCUCUGGUGUAUGGAGUGGAGAAUUGCCUCCUAUUGUUUGGCAGGCGAGGCGUUUGUUAAAAUUAUCUAGGAACGUUUUAUGAUGCUUUAAUUUUCUUCCCUCAGUAGGGACCCCAGCCCAGAUGCUAGAAAAUAUCUUAAGGAAUGGAUGAACAAAAAACGUUCAGAAAAGCAAGCUGAAUGGCGGAACCAGCAGGAAGAGCUUCGUGCACAGGAACAUCAACCUUUCAUGUCUCCCACACAGGUAAGAAAGGAUCGAAAAAAAGACAGAAUUAGCUAGGAUUGUUAAAUCGAUGUUAAGGCGCGGACACGCCAUGCAGUAUCACACGGCACCGUUUGUCCCGCCGCGUAAUAGCUUGUGCAGGGACUCUGAUUAAAUUGGUGCCGCAGUCCCUUAAAUUGCUUGCAAGAAGUUGCACAUGAUAUCAUAUCGCGUGGCCACCGGGAUUUCAAAAGUUUUAAGCGAAUAUGCAUAGUGUGACUUCGCCUUUACGUAGUUAUAAAUUUAAAAACGAUCAUGGAGUUUUGGUUAAUGCGAAGUUAUCAUGAGGUGGAAAUAUUAUUUCUCAGUCUACGGCUACAGUUGCCUCUCGCGUGCGUUCUUGCGUGACAACGCGUGGCUAUCUUCCUUGUGAUAGCCAGACCUUCGUAUUUAUGUUAUCUUGUUAUUUUAAGGGCACUGUUACUUAUAAAAAGAUGAAGUCCAUGGAAAAGGAAAGAGAUGUGAAACGCAGGUAAGAUUCAACAUUUUUCCUAAUCAUACCAAGUGAAUGAAUGAUGUGUCGUUAGUUACCUUACAAACGCCAAUAAAGGCGCAAGUCUGCCCUGCCAAAUAAGGCAGUUAUACAGUUCUGGGUUUAGAAACUAAAAAAGGUUUCGUCUAACGUUAACUUAAACAGGAAAACGGAAGAUCAACACAAACAGAAGAGAAUAGAAUCAGCGUCCAAUCUUCUCUCGGAGAUGCUGGCCGAGCCCGUUCCCAAGGCCAAUGUUCGUAAGCCUAAUCUCCGCUAUGGGGGAAACGUAACCUCGCUUUCUACAAAACCUCUCCCAGGGAAAAAGAAAAGAGCUGGCGAACGACACAAAACGUUACCUAAAAGUUCGCGUAAAGGUAAAGAGAAAAUUGACCAACGAAGCGUUACAAAUGAAACAGCUCUUCAACAGUCUCGUUUUCCAGCGAAAGGUAACCAUUCCGUUUACGAUGGAACUUAUCGUCCAGACUCGUUAUUUUCCGAGGAUUUUCCGGAUCGCGGUGCCGCAGAAAUUACAAACAUCAGAUCGCAAAGAACCCCUCGAUACGACUUAAUACGAACUAGCAGCCCGGUCGUUUCAGACGAACAAGAUCUUGCCAGUUUAGUACAAGAUAAAACUGACCGAAACGAUAGGUUAUAUGCGAAGAAGACUGCUCCGGACGACGACUAUUGGCGUUCGAAAUCUCCUACUGGCGCCGAGUUUGUUACGAAGCAAACAUAUCGGGACUUUGCUAAGAACCAGCCGAAACGAUUGAAAGCGCGCGAAACUGCCUUGCGCAGGACUCCCCAUGGGGGUAUCAAUGCGCAAAGAUUUUCAUCGCAGCCGAAGGGCGUUACAACUAUGGGACGAACGUUUGCGAGGACACAACCAACUUACCCUCUCCUCCCUGGUAGUGAGACGUUAGCGGAAGUAGAUCGGUUGUUAGAGGAGGAUGUCGAUGGUUUAGAUGUAGAGAAUCUCGAAGGAAUAGAAAGCCUGUUGGAAGGAGAUGAAGAAUUGAAGGACUUGUUAUCUGAUGUUGACUGGCGAGGUAUUAAUAAGGUCAGUGUGUUAGUUGAAUUUCCUAUUCAGUUAACCUAUAGUCGUGACGCCAUACAACACUUUACUCUGUAAUUUUACAGAAAAUUCUGCGUAAGGGUAGUUUAUUUCCAGUACUAACUUUUGGUCGAAUAAAACACCCAAGCGCGCGGAAAAUCGCAUCCAGCGAGGAAUCGCGACGCGCGCAAGGCGAUUUUGUGUUCCCUCGCGUGCCUCGUAAGCACUUCUCUCUAAGACGGUAACAAACUACUCGCAGGCACUAGCGCGUGAGCAUAAGCAUAAGAACAUACACACACGCAGAAUGGCUCAUUUGACUUAAUUCAUGAUACCAGCUCUCCUCAACCCGAUGAUAAACAAGAUGGCGGACGAAGCGUCCGCCAUAUUGCUUUUGAUAUGUUUGCAUGAGGUCUGGGUCAAAGUGAUCUAUGAUUGGUCCAAGGCCUUGUGCUUAUGCUUAUGCUUAUGUCGACUCCGUUUUCACCAGUCAAAGCUACGACGUAAGCACGAGCACAAGAAGAACGAACUUGUCCGUUUUUCUUGUGCUUGUGCUUAUCCCUAUGCUUAUCCGCUAGUGAAAACCAGGCUUGAAGCACCAACAAAAGUCUAAACCUUGAGUGAUCGUGGUCGUCAGUACUUCCGAGUCAACUGGAAAUGGUUGGCAAUGAUAGUUUAAAUUUAGAAACGACUGAAUAUUUCGGGGCAAAAGGGCGGCACCAGACACAAAUUACACCCUCUUAUCUAUCAAAGCAUUUGCAUUGAAUAGAAAUCUUCUUUUCAAUUAAAAGGCUUGUUUUUUUUACUUUUAGCCUAGAAGAGUUGAUUCCUCCGGGCUAACUGGUCAACGCUCUAAGCUGAUUAAUGGAAGAAUUAAAGAAACGGAGAGAGAAGAAAGUAAGUUUUCCUGUCCGAUCACGCAAAGAAUACCUAACAUUUCCUUCGUCUUACAUCCUUAUAUAACUUUAUUUCACAAUAAUUAUUGCCUGAAAAUAUAAUAAAGAACACAAUUACGCCUUGUUAAACCGUCAUGUUUUGGUGCUUGCAGUUGAUUGGCCAUCAAACGGGAACAGAGAUUACAGUCGACAUGAAGCUGAGCCAGGAGUACCUUCAACCAGCGUUCUGUUGCGGGAGUUUGAUCUUGACGUCAGUCCGUGGAGUACUGGACAGAGUUUGCGCGCAUCUGAUGAUGUUGCUCAGCUUCUGGUGAGUUAUGGGAUAGCAAUUUCAGUUGAAAGCUGUUGCGCUCUACCAGUAUUCCUCUGUUGGGUCGUCAAUUUUUUUUUCUCUUCAACAAAAACUCUUGAAUGGUAUCACUUUAAAAUUUCUUCUACAUGGUUAAAAAUUAUGAUCACCUUCAGUGUAUAUGCAUAAUAAACAGCGUAACAAGAAACUAAUGCUCAAUAUAUACAGCUUUCAUUUAAAUGGGCACAUUUUAAGAAUUCUUAAACCGAUACAAAAGUUACGACCACCCUGUAAAGGCUAAUAAACAGCACUUCGACACUACAUUCAAUAGUUUUCACAACAAAUCUAGCCACGUUCCUAAACAUUCAAUAGACUUUUAUAGUCAUGUGGAAUGAGUGGUCAACAAAUCCCCCGCGGUUUUUACUUCCAUACGCGCGCUCGACGAUCUCUAAAGAGAAAAUAGACGGAUUGUGAACAGGCUAGAAUAAUGAACUCAGAAGUUUGAUGUAGCACCCAAUCAUUUUCUUAGAUUCUUUGUUGUUGUGUUUUAUUUGAGGCUGAUGUUGAUGAGGCUGUAGGAAAUAUGUCUGAGAGCACAGGAAGUACCCGAAGUCACAUAGACUGGGAAGAAGUUAACAAAAUCAUGGGAGAAGCAUAGUUAUAGACAGAGCUAACAGCGAAAACAACGUUUAAAUCAGCUAAGUCUUGAUCCAUCUGUGUGUUCCUUUGCCCGUGGAAGUUUUACUAGUUUCUCAGUAAUGCCAUGGUUCUUGUAUUAUCCAGUGUAGGAUGUACAUUGGUAUAUACCGAAAUUUAGCAAGCAUCAUGAUUUGGAUGACAUUUUCCCUUUGCUUGGUCUUCUGUUGAUAUUUCACAUACUUAAUAUUCAGCAUAUCGACAAAAGCUGAGGAUCUCAAAAUUGU